GAGAGAGAGAGAGAGAGAGAGAGAGAGAGAGAGCUUCCUGUCAAUACAGAUGUAUCUGUUCCGCUCUAAUUCGCGGACAUCAGAACAGAUCGAUCCUCUCUCUCUAUCUGCACACACACACACACACACACACACACACACACACACACACACUCGGCCGUCAGCCUGAAUGCUUCCGUCCUCGCGCCAGCGGGUGGCCGCCUGGCUGCUCGCGUUGCCGUUAGGUAGAGGUGGUGAGGAAUGCGCGCGCCGCGGCCGGCUGGAGAUGAUCUCGUUUUGGCUGCUGUGUUGGAAGCUGCUGGUAAGGUAUACACACACACAGCGGAUUUGGCUUAGCUGGAGCUCCCAUGAAAACCCGCUUCCUGGCUUCCGUAGUACCGCUUAUCUGUCACGAUUUUGGUGCUUUUCCCGGUGAGAGGAUGCUGACUUAUGUAACACAUGGAGGUCUGAGAGCAGAGAUGGAGAUAACAGAGCCAAACAUCAUCAUAGGAGAAUAAAAUACACAGCAGAGCCCAACGUCAUCUGCGAGACAUUAACAUGACAGAGCAGAAUCAUGGAGGCAUGAAAACACAGCAGGAUCAUAGAGUCAGGAUCAUGACGAAGCAGAACUGAUGUAGAUGGUCAGAAAAAAAGAGGCUUGGUUGGUUAAAAAAACAGAGCAGAGAAAAGAAGAGAGAUUUUGAAAAAAAAAAAAAAAAAAAAGGAUGCUUCCCUCAUCAUCUUCUAUGGACUGAUGCUAAAACUGCACUGUAAUCUGUCCCAACACAAAUGAUGAUGACAAUGUUUCCAGAUGGUGUUGGGGACAUAGAGAAGUUCCAGUCUGAAAAUGAACUCACUAUGUGAGAAAAGUAAAAAAUGAAAAAAAAAAAAAACUCCCACUGUGAAGAUGUGCAGAUUACAGUGAAAGUGUGUAAAUAACAGUGGAUGUGGGAAGGAAAAAGUGGAGGUAUGAAGAUUAAAGUGAGGGUGUGGGGAUUACAGCGAAGGUGUAAAGAUUACAGUAAAUGUGUGUUGUGCAGAUUUCAGUUAAAGUGUGCAAAUUACCCAGCGAGCAUUUUGAGGUUGAUUAUACGUCGAAUAUACGUCUAAAUUUAGACUAGACGUCUAGUCUAAAUUUGGUAUAACAGAGGUAUAGAAAUGAAAGCUUUUUCAACGUCGAAAUUUAUACGUUUUUUCAACGUCAAAAUUUAUACGGUGUUUCAAUGUUUUGAUUUAUACGUUGUUUAACCGUUUUGAUUUAUACGUUGUUUAAACGUGUUUGUUCAUAAAUUGUUCUGUCUAUAACGUUGAAAUGACGUCCAAUAGACGUUUUCAUUUAAACGUCUUUAUGUUAGACGUUCAUAUGACGUUCAUGCUUCUACCAAAUAUAAACCCAGGUAUAGACAUAGACGUUGAUUAAACGUUUGUUAGACAUCUGGUCUAAAUCCGCCGACCCGGCGAGCCUCCCCGCGUGGACGGUCCCGGCAGCGGCGGCCGCUGGAGCCCGCGGGUCCCCGGUCAGCCUACGGCGCCGACCGAACAAGUCUGUUAAACUUUCAUUUCUAUACCACUGUUAAACUAUUUUUAGACUACAGGUCCAACGGACGUCUAAAGGCACAAUCGUUCCUUGUAAAUAUUUUAAUAAAUUUACUAAAUAUCAACAAUGCAUAUUACCAUAAGCAUCUGAUAUAUGUAAAUUGAUGAAAAUAUUCACAGGAAACACCAUCUGUAGAGCCAGAUUCUCUACACCAAAAGUUACCUGCUGCUUACCUUGAUACACAUACUCCCAGGAUGUUCUAUUUUGGCAAUGUUGCUUUUCUUUCUGGACCUUUUAGAAUAUUUAGCUUCUACAGUCAUGCUCAUUCAUAAUUUAACCCUGAUCUACAUUUGGCAACGAUCAGUCCACUGUAAUUGAAAUCACAGUACAUUUUUCACUCAGAAUAUAACCAUUACAGUCAUGGAGUGGGAAAAACAAUUUUUUAAUCUCACAUCUAGUAAAAUGAACAUUUAAAAAAUAAAAAAAUCUAUAUAUCUAUAUACAAACAUAGCUACAAAGUAUAAAGAACAAGAACAACAACAUAAAGAAAAAUUUAACUAAUACUAAUGCCACAGUAACAGAACACAAAAGUACUGAAAUGAACUAUAAAUAUGAACAAUUUUAAGAUAUUUAUAUUUUUUAAAAUUAGCAGGGUGGUGUUCUGGUGGUGCCCCUCCCACCACGUCGAGCUGGUGCCUGUUUCAAAUGGUCCCCAAUCGAUGCUGCAACCAGUUCCUCUGUUGCUGUCGGGAAGUUAGUGCGAACAGACUCUGCGAAAAGAAAAAAAAACCAAAAGAAACUUGAAUCAUAGUAAGUGUAGAAAUUAUCUAGUAUUGUCUUCUUCCAAGGUUGUAUUGAAAGAAGUACUUCCUAAAGUGUCGUCUGUUAACUGGCCAGAUUGACUUGCCAUACCCUCCUCUUGUGUGUCCUCCUGUGACACAUCCUCAUCACUGGUAAAUUCAUCUAAGAAAUCACCCUCCCUAGCUCUUUUUCCCCACCACUCUUUCAAAUAAUUAGAGGCCAUAUUCAUUAUGGCUGGAAAGAAAACACACGGAAAAAAGAAAGUAGAAAAAUAAUAAUGUUAAUAACAGUGUGAGCUUGUAGAUCAACCAUUAUAAAAUUGUUUUGUUUUUUUUUAGUACAAUUGGCAACUUGUGAAGCAGGACAUAAUGCAUAAUGAAUACCUUUUGCUCUUGGUAAAAAAAAUAUGUCAAUACCAAUACUUUUAGAUUUUUACUAUUAGCAUUUCCUAUAGCACUGCUAAUGCAUUAACAAAAUAAUAUUAGAAUAAUUUAACUAAUGCGUCCCAUUUCUACCACACAUAGUGAAAAACCCAUCUAUGACAAUUACAGUUAAACACAAAUUUAACUAUAUAAAAAAAUAACACUGGAAACAAAAACAACAGUACUGGCAUCAAAAUAGACUUCAUUUUCUAAUUUAAAUGGAUAGCCUAACUAGCAGCUUUUAACCUUGGCUCCAACAGAGAGAGCAGGCCCUUAUUUACUUUCACGACAACCCACGUUAGCAUGGACUAUUUGAUGCUGUUGGGCCCACGCUGGCUAAAUUAGCCACAAGCUAGCCCUCGUAGUAGCAACCAGGCUACAUGCGAACUCGAGUUUAACAUUUGCUGUGAAUGCAUUUCACCGUCACGCAUCAUGAUGCACAACGGUGGGAGGACCAAAGCUUGCAAAAAUAAACAUUUUGUAUAAUAUCUCCCUCAGCACCCACCUCUUUUCAGCAGAAAGUAUAACUCUGGAACUCUGGCACGACUGGAACUUCUAGUGUAGUCCGACGGUCGUGAGGUCGAGUGUGGACAAAGCGCAAUGCUUCAGCCGGAUGUUGUGCGGUCCACAAUUUGAAGCCGUUUUCAUGUUAUGGUCCGAUUAUGGUACGAUCUCCAUACGGGUGUAAAGCUGGGCUCUUUCAGAGCUACCAAAUACUUUUUGUCGCCCAUCUCGUAGUAUUGCGACUAUGCUGAUAACUUUUAUCACAGACUACUUCGCUCUUGGUGGAAUUAGAAUCUACCCGAAGUGGUUGCACGGUGGGUCACAUGAGCGUGCUCCACCAAUGAGGUGGCUGGAUUAUUGUCACGGCGGCAGCCGGCGUUACCGAGACGGAUAAAACACAUGAAAUCUAAUAAUUAAAUUGAAUUUCAGCGACCAACUUUGUUGUCGAGUACUCAGCAGGAGCCAGGCUUUAAGAUCCGAAGUUGGUUUUUUUUUUGUUUUUUUUGUGUAUAUGCAUUUUGACCGGAUAUGGCGAAAACACUGGUCACGCUCCGGAGUAUGAUAGUAGUCCCAUAGAUUGAUAUCAGUUCUGCAACGUUCAGUUAUCAUUUUAAAUAAUCAACUCUUGAAUUGUGGAUUAAAAUCGAUUGUCUAGAUUCGGUCUAUAUGUAGACGUUGAAUUGACGUAUACAUUUUUACGUCUAAAUCACGUCUUAAAAAAGACUGAAUCCCGACGUUGAAAUGAAGUAUAAAUUUAUAUGUGUAAAUGACAUCUACAUCUAUACUAUGCUGCAUAUCUCUCCACGGUAUCAUAAGUAAUGUAAUCCAGUAUUUAGAGGUCAGUUAUGCACAUUACAGUUGUUUAUUGUAUAAAAAGUUAUCGAAAAAUUGAGUUGAGGGCAAAGUAUGAAUCACGUCUAGAAAUAGACCGAAUGCUGACGUUGAAAUGAAGUAUAAAUUUAGACUAGACGUCUAAUAUACGUCUUUUGCUCAGUGGGUACAGUGAAAGUGUGAUUAUGACAGUGAAGAGAUGCAGUGAACAGUGAAAGUGUAAAGAUCACAGCUUAAAGUGUAAAGAUUACAGUAAAUGUGGGUUGUGCAAAUUACAGUUAAAUUGUGCAGAUUACAGUAAAAUUGAGCAGAUUUCAAUGCAUGAAUGUUAUGCAGAAUUCAGUGUAAGUAUGCAAAUUACAAUAAAGGUGUGGAGAUUACAGUGAAGGUGUGCAAGUAAGAACCUGUGCUCAACUAAGUGGCAACAAAGUCUGGUCUCUCUGAAUAUAUAUAUUUUAAUGUUUUUUGUCAGCUGUUUAUUUGAGAGAUUAUUUAAGAGAGGAGCUUCUUUCGUUUAGACAGAGCAAAUGUGGACGACCACAUCCAAUUCAAGUGGACACCAGGGUUUUUUUUGUGGUUGCUGUGCUUGUGUAAAGGUGAAACCCCUGUGUUUCCUAAAACCUGGUUGAAUCAAAACAACUCAGACUCCAGUGUGGAUCUAUCUUGCUUCCCUCCCACAAGGUCAGACAGCUGAUAGCAAAAGCUGGUAGCAAGAAGAAAGGAGGAGGUCUGUUUUUUUUUUUUUUUGUAGCCAGAGAUGACAACUCUUUACACAUAAAUUUCAAGGCAAAGUUGUGUUGUCCAGAUAUAGAACUGUUGGCAGUUGCUCUUUGGCCAUAUUAUGUUUCAGGGGAGUUCAUUCAUAUCAUAAGAAUGCUUGUAUAUAUCCCACCGAAGGCAACAGCUUAAGUUCUGUGGGAUGUUCUACAUGAUACUGUUGCUAGGCUACAAACUCAACAUCCUGAGGCACUUGUAAUAACGCCAGGAGACUUCAACCAUGUAAAGUCUACAGUCUUACGCUGCAGUCUGCUGGGGAGGCAGUAUAAAGGGCUGUUCAGACCAAACGCGACCAGGUCGCGUCGCGUGGCGCCCUGGUGUGUUCACAACGGGUCCAAAGUUGCUGUCGCAGGAUGCGGCUGGUCGCUGCUGACCAGCUUCUUCCACCUUCCUUCUCCCUCCUUUAUACAUCCCGCAGCCCUUUCCAGCGCUUGCGGCACACACACACACGUUGAAACAUGUAGCCUAGCAAGCAGGGGAAGUUUGCUAUGUUUUCAAUAGUCUGCUCACUGAAAUAAAUAAACAAACGACCAGAAAGCCCGAAAUCAUGGGCCACCUUCGCCCAUGCCUCCUCCUUGGAGGUGCAGUCCGGGUAAAACGCGCGCCCCACGUCGUACAGGACCGGGUGAUAACUCACGGCAGUGAUAAACUGCUCCUCCAUUGUGAUUCUUCUUCUCCUCCUCCUUGCUUCGCCGGUUUGUUGACGUCAGCGGAGCCCUGAUUGGCUGUCGCAGCACGGAGUCGCGGAUAGUCGCUUCCAAAGUUCAAAUAUUUGAACUUUGGGAACGACGUGACUUGGCGUCCUCUGCGACGUGUCCUCUGCGACGUGACCUCAGCGACGUGACUUGGCGACCAUGCGCGACCUGGUCGCCAAGUUACGUCGCCGAGGUCGCAUUUGGUCUGAACACCCCUUAAAACACAAGGACUCAAGGGCCCUCAUUUAUCAAGCUUGCGUACGGCAGAAAACUUGCGUACACCUUGCGUACGACAGUUUUGAUGUGAGGAUCGGCAUUUAUCAAUCUGCUCGCGAGCGUAAGCUACGACCAAAUCGCAUGACAGGUCUGACAUCGUGUACGCAAGUUUGAGUCAGUGUUGAUCUACGGUGCAGCAAAUGUCUGUCUCAAAAAAUUGAUAAACAAACCUCAAACCUGUCAUUAAGCACAAUCAGCCAGAUUUCAGUAAAGAUUAAGACGUGAAUAAAAUAAAAUAAGUUUAUGUCCUUAGUGAAAAGACCUAUUUGAUAACUCUGUCCAGAAACACUCCCACAGAGCAGGAGCGCCAUUUCAACAUUAUGCACACACGCCACUGUGGAGCGCUGCGUUUGAAUCCUAAAAGGCAGGUGUCUCUGUCUUGGCCCAGCAGCGGGGACGUUGUUGUACACUCCUGAAAGGGUGUGGGACAUCAUUUGGGCCAGUACAGUUUUGCACAAUGUUGCACUGGCGAAUGGAGUGCCGUUGGCUGUGCCGGUGCAACGUGAGAACCGAUGCCCAGAGAACAAUAACAAGGAGAGACUCCACAAAGAUGCUGCACAGAGGAGACAGGACCUUAUUGAUGGAUUCUGACAUGUAAAGUAUAAGUUUAGAAAGUGGUCUUGCUAUUUAACUUGAUAAAUGCGGCGGCUGAAAUCGAUGGUCAUUAACAUGUUUACACCCUUAAAUAUUCAUGGUUCAGAAGCCUCGCCCACUGAGGUCAAACAUGAAAGAGGAGAAAUAUUACAAAGAUGGGAAACUUUUCCGAGCUGAAAGUGGAUAUCCUCACACCUGUGGUGGAAACUAACAAGGAUUUUCUCUUUGGAAGCAUCAAAACUGGAAUAAAAGAAGUCCAAUAAACUCCUGUCUGGUGCAGGAUUAUGGUGGCGGUGAACAGGGCUGCCGCGGAAUAGUGGACAGUGGCUGAAGUUUGAAGAAAUCAUUAGUCAAUAAGUUGCUCAUGAUGAUAAAUGAAUAUCUCAUACAUGCCUCAUAUAUUUCAUUGCCAUGACAUAGGUUACGUUGCUCCUUUUAUUGAAAGUAUUUAGUUUUAACUUGUUGCAUCUUUGUACUGGAGAGCCGACUGGAGAGUCUGACAGAGGCUGAACAAAAAUAAUUAUUAACGUCACCAAACUGUGUGUUGCUGCCCAUGAAACACAUUUUUAUGGAUUUCUAUUGGAUUUUUAUCACUGAUUAAAUAGCAAGAGCACUUUCUAAACUUAUACUUUACAUGUCAGAAUCCAUCAAUAAGGUCCUGUCUCCUCUGUGCAGUAUCUUUGUGGAGUCUCUCCUCGUUAUUGUUCUCCGGGCAUCGGGUCCUCGCGUUGCACCGGCACAGCCAACGGCACUCCAUUCUCCAGUGUAAUGUUGUGCAAAACUGUACUGGCCGAAAUGAUGUCCCACACCCUUUCAGGAGUGUACAACAAUGUCCCCGCUGCUGGACCAAGAUAGAGACACCUGCCUUUCAGGAGUCAAACGCAGCGCUCCACAGUGGCGUGUGUGCAUGUGUGCGUAAUGCUAAAACGGCGCUCCUGCUCUGUGGCAGUGUUUCUGGACAGAGUUAUCAAAUAGGUCUUUUCACUAAGGACAUAAACUUAUUUUAUUUUAUUUACUUCUUAAUCUUUAAUGAAAUCUGGCUGAUUGUGCUUAAUGACAGGUUUGAGGUUUGUAUAUCAAUUAUUUUGAGACAGACAUUUGCUGCACCGCAGAUCCACACUGACUCAAACUUGUGUACACAAUGUCAGACCUGUCGUAAGAUUUGGUCGUAGCUUACGCUCGCGAGCAGAUUGAUAAAUGCAGAUCCUCACGUCAAAACUGUCGUACGUAAGGUGUACACAAGUUUCCUGCCGUACGAAAGCUUGAUAAAUGAGGGCCACUGUGAUGAUGCUCGGCUCAAACAGUGUCUCCCCCCGGGUGAGCGACGCAGUUCCUAAACGCCCAUAGGCUGUAUCAGGUGUCAAUCAUAGAAAACAUGAACCCCCUAAUGACCUUUAAAAAUGGAGCUACACAGAAAAAAAGGACUUGGGCACAAACCAAUCUUACAAUAACUACAUGUCAACAUCACAAGCAGGGGGGAGAAAAAUGUAUGUUCUGUGUAAUAAAUUUCUAAAGUUUGUCCACAGCCCCAUAAGUUUUGCUGGCGGAGGCGGGGUUUAUGACCUAUACUGCAGCCCAUCAACAGAGGAUGCUGUUCUCGGAUUGGCUUCACCCAGCGAGGAGGCAGACUCUGUCCAUUCUAUAUACAGUCUAUGGUUUCGACCUUAUCAUGUUGAUUUCCUCCCUUAUUUGUGGUAUUUGUGGUAUACAGUCUAUGGUCUGGACAAACUGGUGGAAACCACUGGAAGAUGUGGUGGAGAGAUGCACACUGAGGAAGGUAGAGGCUAUUCUAAUUCUACCCACAGCCAUCAGACUUGAGAUGAGAUACGAUUCCAGACAAAUUAUUUUCUCUUUGGAAGUUAUUGUAUUGUAUAACAGUGAAGGUGUAGGGAUUUCAUUGAAGGUGUGCAGAUUGCAGGAAAGGUGUGAAGAUUAAGGAGGUGCCAAAGAUCAGGGAGGUAUGCUGUCUAUCUAGAGGUUGUUCUCUCUGAUUCAUUCAGAUUAUGUCUAGACUUCUGAUUAGAUCUGAAGUCUUACUCCAGAUGUAGCAACCUUUCAGACAAAUGAAAGAUUAUUUUUUUAAAGGAUGAUUAAAUUGCUGCAGAGGGAUGAUCAACUGUCAGUUAAACUCCUGCUGCUUCCUCAGUCACGUCAUGACUGCAGGAGAGUGUGUGUUUUUGGUUUGACUCUGCUUGAUUCAUCUGAUAGGCUUUGAGACUCAGGAUAAGAGGGCAUGAAUAUUCAGAUUGUGGCCAAAAGAACAUGUCAAGGUUAUCAUAAAAACUUCAUAAAGCUGCAGAAACAAACUGUCCUUGAAUCCCCCUCAAAUGUUAAUUUGCCCAAGGGGACCUCCCCAAAAGAAUCAAUACAGUUCUAUCUAAAUCAAGAGUCAGCCAUUACAACCAAUAGGAAGCAGUGACACAGAGAUCACCAGUCAGACAGCGGCUAUACUGUGAUAAUUUUACAUCUUUAUAGCUGUAAAAACUGAAUCUCAUUACAGUCUGUGUCCUUUGUUUUCUUGAUCAUGCAUGCAGCCUUUUCAUCUCUCCCAAUCAGAACUGUCUCCAGCAUUUUCAAAUUUCGGCAAACAUACAUUCACAACACAAACUGCUAAGUUAAAGUUAGAUAUGAAGUUGGUUUACAUCUGUGGCCCCUAAAAACAAAAACAGACUUCACAAGACCAAAUCCCAUGAACACAGAAUUUUUUAAUGACAUUAUAUUUAUGUGAUUAUCAGAGCAUUCAUACUUAUGUCAUUCUCCAGCCUAACAAACCUGCAGAUGUGUCUCUAUCCCUCCUGCUAGAAAACAAAGCUUAUGUGCGGAGACUUCCUGUUGUGAUGACAUAACAGCUGUGAUUUGCAGAGGCAUUAAUGAAAAACCACUCCCACGUUUCCAGCAUUGUGCUUCAUACUCAGGUGUCGUAGUUUUGCUUUGAUGUUGCAGAGUCAAGAUGUCAGAGGUCAGAGUCAUAUGUAACAACUGCUCAACAACAUAUUUCUUAAUGCUGUCCCACAAGUAAAGAGUGGAUUUCUUUUUAUUGCUACACCAUCAUGAUGACUUAUCAGUCUUAUGUUUGAGAGGAUUAGGGGAUUUCUUACUCAAAGAGACAAACUCCAAGCCCAUGUCUUCAUAUUACAGAGUCUGAACAUGUCCACAGAUGAGGAAGUAGUGUCCAUAUAGUGACUAGUGCUUCAGUUCUCUCCUGUGCCAAAGUUUCCCCACAAAAAAACUGUGUCCACUCAAUACCUGUCCCCUUGCUGAUAUCCUCUGCCUGUGUACUCAUGUCCUCUGUCCCUUUGCUGGUUUCUUCUAUCUUUGUACUCAUGUUGUCUGUCUCCUUGCUAAUGUCCCCUGUCCCCUUGCUGAUGUUCUCUAUCUCAUUGCUCAUGCCUAUCCCAUGGAGCAUUGUGUGUCACAGUCAGAUACUUGAGGUGUUGGUAGUUGUUGUCCUUUCACUGUAAACUUGGUCAAUUUUUUUGUAGUUCUUUUACCAAGGAGGGAUUCUUGCUUUAUAAUUUCUUUGUGGAUAGCUAUCUCUCUCUCUCUUUCUUCAUCUCCCUCUAUCAGUCUCUUUUCUGUCCAACUCUCUUUUUCUCUCCAUCUACCUCUCUCUCCUCUCUUAACCCAGCUCAGUCUCAGCAGAUGACUCUCUCACAUCAGUCUGGUUCUGCUUAAGGUUUCUGCCUGUUAAACAAAGUUCUUCCUGUUCACUGUUACUUGAUAAAAGCUGUCAAGUGUUGAAGUUAAGGUGGGAGUGGGUCUGAUCUUAUAAGAUGGGGCUUUGUAAAAAGAGUGUGGUUGAGACCAGGUUUUUUGUCAAGUGUCUUAAAUUAAUAUUUUUUGUGAAUUAAUAAAAGCAGAUUGAUUGAUUGAUUUAUGUCUAAAUUUCUGAGGGAUGUAGAAUAAUGAGCUAAUUAACUAAUUUGUAGCUUCACAAAAUAAGGACUGUACUUUGUUAACUCUGAUUUAUUAACAUGAGUAAGUUGACUAAUAAGUGAUCAGACAUGCAGGUUUCAGUUUAUCGUUUUCAGCCCUGGUGUCCUAAUAAUGCCCUCAUAAAUAAUGUCAAUAUGCAGAUGGUUAAUUUCUUUAGUCCUCACAAAUUAAGUCACAAUCACUGGAUUAAACAUGAAUGCUGUUUGUAGAUGUUUUUACUGGGCAAAGCUUUGGCUAAAGCGUUUCUCAGUCUGAAAUGAUACAGUGGUGUUACUAUAAUACAGAAUCAGUAUGUCUUAAUGCUGCUCCAGUAUCAACCCCAAGGAUGAAACAUGGUGUAAAAAGAAAAAUGAUCUAAAAAGAAAAACCUCUCCUACUCGCUAACUUACCUCACACUGCCAAAGCUCAGAGCCCCAAACAGGGACAUGUCAGGGUGAGAGACAAAUAUCCGCUGGACUUUAAUCCAGAGAAUCAACACAGGAGCUCAAAACCAGUAGAAAGAAAUAAACCAUUUGAUAAUCUGAUAAUCUCUGGGGGUCAUGAAGAGAAUGAGAGUUUUCAAAAAUCCUACUUAAACUCUUAACAGAGACUCCAAGCUGCUCUCUGAGCCUGACAGGUCACAGUUAUCAGACUGUGGUGAUCUAAAGACACAAAUACAUAUAUUACACCAUUUAUUAAAACUUUUACUGAACAAAACUAUGAAAGCAACACUUUUGUUUUUGCUCCCAUAUUUCAUGAGCUGAACUCAAAGGUCUAAGACUUUUUCUAUGUACACAAAAGACCUAUUUCUCUCAAAUAUUGUUGACAAAUUUGUCUUAAUCAGUGUUGGUGAACACUUUUCCUUUGCUGAGAUAAUUCAUCCACCUCACAGGUGUAGCAUAUCAAGAUGUGAUUAGACAGGAUGAUUAUUGCACAGGUGUGCCUUAGACUGGCCACAAUAAAAGGCCACUCUAAGAUUGUCUAGUUUUAUCACACAGCACAAUGCCACAGAUGUCACAAGUUUUGAGGAAGCGUGUGAUUGGCUGACUGCAGGAAUGUCCACCAGAGCUGUUGCCUGUGAAUUGAAUGUUCAUUUCUCCACCAUAAGCCGUCUCCAAAAUCGUUUCAGAGAAUUUGGCAGUACAUCCAACCAGUCUCACAACGACACACAACGUAUAACCACACCAGCCCAGGACCUCCACAUCCAGUGUCUUCACCUCUAAGAUUGUCUAAGACCAGCCACCCAAACAGCUACUGCAACAAUUGGCUUGCAUCAACAAACAAUUUCUGCACAAACUGUCCGAAACUAUCUCAGACAAGCUCAUCUGCAUGCUCAUCGUCCUCAUCGGGGUCUUGACCUGACUGCAAUUCGUCGUCAUAACUGGCUUGAGUGGGCAAAUGCUCACAUUCGAUGGCAUCUUGCACUUUAGAGAGGUGUUCUCUUCGCAGAUAAAUCUUGAUUUUCACUGUACAGGCCAGGGCAGAUGGCAGACAGCGUGUUUGGCAUUGUGUGGGUGAGCAGUUUGCUGAUGUCAAUGUUGUGAGUGGCCCAUGGUGGCAGUGGGCUUAUGGUAUGAGCAGGCACAUGUUAUGGACAGCGAACACAGUUGCAUUUUAUUGAUGGCAUUUUAAAUGCACAGAGAUACUGUGACAAGAUCCUGGGGCCCAUUGUUGUGCCAUUUAUCAGUGACCAUCACCCUAUGUUGCAGCAUGAUAAUGCAUGGCCCCAUGUUGCAAGGAUCUGUACACAAUUCCUUGAAGCUGAAAACAUUCCAGUUCUUGCAUGGCCAGCGUACUCACUGGACAUGUCACCCAUUGAGCAUAUUUGGGAUGCUCUGGAUCGGUGUAUACAACAGCAUGUUCCAGUUCCUGCUAAUAUCCAGCAACUUCACACAGCCAUUGAAGAGAAGUGGACCAACACGCCACAGGCCAUGAUCAACAAUCUGAUCAACUCUAUGCUCAGAGGUUGUGUUGCACUGCAUCAGGAAAAUGGUGGUCACACCAGGUACUGACUGGUUUUCUGACCCCCCUAGAAGCCCCCAAUACAGAAAAACUGCACCUUUUAGAGUGGCUUUUUAUCGUGGCCAGUCUGAGGCACACCUGUGCAAUAAUCAUGCUGUCUAAUCAGCAUCUUGAUAUGCUACACCUGUGAAGAGGAUGGAUUAUUUCAGCAAAGCAGAAGUGUUCACCAACACAGAUUUAGACAAAUGUGUCAAAAAUAUUCGAGAGAUAUAGUUUGUCUUUUGUGUAUGUAGAAAAAGUCUUAGAUCUUUGAAUUCAGCUCAUGAAAAAUGGGAGCAAAAACAAGAGUGUUGCUUUUAUAUUUUUGUACAGUUUAUUUAAUGUUAUGUAUUUGAAGAAUCCACUCUGAGGAAGUUUGACUCGGAUCUAAAUGUCUGACAGGACUAACAUCAGUCUGAGUGAAGGUAAACUAUAAAAAGAAAGACCAGCCAGUCUUAUAAGAGCUCUUCAUUAGGAAGACCUCUGUUCAGUUCACACCUGAAGCUCAAACAGCUGUUUCCUCCACUCUGCUGUCUGGACAGAGGUUCAGUGUUUCUGAUGACACACCUUUUCAGGUGUGACGCUGGUGUCAUUCGUCUGAGCCAACACAACACACCACGUUCGUUCUCAGGCUGCUGUACCAAAAUAUAUCUGAUAAUAAAUUUUAAAAAGCCCAAUCAAAUAAACAAAUAAAAACAUAAUUUAAAUAAAGAAGAAGAAUAAAACUAGGAAGAAUAAUAAUGGGGGUUAUGAUGAUGUUAAGAGGGAUGCUGCUAUUUAAUGUCUGACUUAAACUUCAGCAGCUCCAGAUUCACGGUUACCAUAGCAACAGCACCAUCCUGUCACCAGCACAUGCCUGCUACAACAGACCAUAAUAAUCAGUUAACCCACUCACAGCCAACGCAUUGUUUCCAUGGCAACCACCAGAGGUCUGAAUUUAGCACGAAUUGUGUGUGUGUGUCUUGUUGUGGGAGUUUAUAAAUCUUAAAAUCCUAAAAUCUGAAGUUGAUCAGACUUUUUUCACUGAUCUCUCAGAGAGCAUCAGUGUAAAACAGAGAAGAAUAAAAACCUAAUGCUGAAAUUAAUCAGGAGUAUGAAAUAAUCUCUAAAUGUUCAUGUUAAAACUGUGAAAGGUAGAGAGAGGGCAAACAAAGGUUGAAGAGAUUUUAAAGCAGUAAGAAUAGAGGGUUAAGGGGAUAUUCAAUAAUUAUGUUUUAACUGGAUGUAAAAUUGAAGCAGUGAAAUAUGGAGAGAGGAUAAUAAGGAAUAAAAUACUAAGUGACAGGGGAUAAAGGAUAAAAAUAUAAACUCGUGUAAUGACAGGAUGCUGUUUUUUUUAGCAGUAAUAAUAAGGGAUAGGGGAUAAAAAUAGAGUCAGUGAGCAGCCUGCAGCUGUGUGAAGUUUCUGGGUCAUGUCUGAGCAGACCUGUGAAUAUUUUGGUUACAUCAGACUGAAACAUUGUGGCAGCAGAGACAGCAUGUCCCUUCCUGCAGCAAAGACCAAUAGGUCCAGCAGGGGGCGCUGUGCUAGUGACGCCUUUCAGAGUAAAUGUGGUGGAUGAGGGGAGACAUGUAGGGUUAGGGAAAACAGAAUUAUUGAUGAUUAUAGGACAGUGUUCUCCCAGCCUACUGAAAGGACCAGCAGUCUGGUUUAGUCUGGAUGAAUUGUACUUGCUAACGAGUGUCAGUCUACCUCUCUGUUCCUAGUGGGUGGCACUAUUACUUUUUUGAAAAACUCUCAAGGGGGGGGGGGGUGUCUGUAAACUGUUGAAGUGUUUGGGGCAUGAGACCCAUAUAAUCUCCAAAUUUCACAUACCUGCUGAGUGUGUGAAACCUAAUUAGUUUUGGGGCAUGUUUAGGCCUCUGAAAAUUUAGCUCAUUAGGCAGAGAGAGAAAAAUUUAAGUCUUUGAAGGGGGUCCACACACCCUCAAUGCUGAGGCCCUGAUAAUAUUCUGUAGAUUUUACUGUAUGUUGAUACUCUGAUGUAAUCUGUGUUGCUGUUGUGUUCUUGUUGUUCUAGGACAGGGGUCUUCAUAUAAAUUUUCAGUGGGUCUACCUGAAUGAAAUGCCUGCAGGCCUGGGUCCAGGGAUUUUUGUUUAUUUUUUUACAGUGCAUUACUCUUUUGAAAUAUUCACUUCAUUUGUAUUGCCAAUAAUUGCCUACUUUCAAUUGGCUGUGUGCUUCCUGCGGGUAAAAUGAAUGCAAAUGACUCGGUCCACUCGCCAUAAAACACCCUGUUCUCAUUCUCUACCUUUCGUGGUUUUUAAGCUGACAUGUUUAGCUGCUGCUACAACUUUCUCCUCAGUCUGCCGCCUGACAGUUUUCAACAUCGGGAUUGCUCGGUUAUUUUCGUGUGUCGAGUAGGCUAAGAGGUCUGAUUUGAUUGACAAGUCAAGCGAGUAAGCAAGUGAUGUAAUGCCUUGCUGAAAUUGCACGUGCAGUUUACUGAACCAGGCACAAAGCAAGAGAGUAAGGCUGCACGAUAUUGGAGAAAACUAACAUUGCGAUUUUUUUCAACCCUGCGAUAUAUAUUGCGAUAUUAAAAAUAUAGGAAUUUUCACCAGAUGACCUGAAUAGCAUUUAAUGUUAUACUGCACUGCUUAAGUCUUGAGGACAGUUAACCUGCACUGAUCUUACCUCUUUUUGUGAAUGUUAGAAUGGCUUCUGUCUGUCUCAGAGAUAUUUUUAGCUUUUAUUGUGCUGGGACGUUAUUGUGGCGACAGAUGAACACAGAACACGUGUUUUGGUCAACAUCAUCCUUCUUUUAACCGAAAUAAUUCCAGAUAACUGACUUUCCUUUUCUUUUUGGCAACAAAUCUUAAUUUUCGGUGGUUUUCUCUUGUUCGUUGCUCAUUUUGCAAUCCUUGUUGUUGUUGUUGUUGUUAGCGGUGUUGUGCCGAGAAACGCAUGUCCUCCGAGAAUUGCAUACACCUCGCAAAACGCGCACCGCUUAUAGUAGAGUGGUCCACGGAAAUAUACAUUUUAAAACCCAUACAGUUCUUAUUUGUUGGGCUUAACAGUCAGUAAAGUUCCGAAAGUAAUUCUCAGCGGACACGCGUCUCACUCCAUGUGCAGAACAUGUGCAGGGGUGGGUUUCCUCCGCUCUGAUUUUGAUUGACAGCUGGCAGGGUAGUCUGAUUGGCAACUGAGAACUGAGUCUGAUUGGCAACUGAGUAAAGGACAAAGGUGAUUGGUGGAUCGCUGCAAAGCACAUGCAGAGUCACAUGCAGUGUAUCUCAGUCAGCUACCCUUGAAAUUAACUGAGUUCAUUCACCUCCGACAUCGCAGGCUCUGUGAUGUGACUAUCGCACACACGUACAUCUUGCAGGCCUACAAGAGAGAAAAAAACAUACAUUUUUCUGCGGUAGGCUCGGGUCCGUAUUGGACUCUUUCCCGGUCCGGAAGUGGACCGCGGUCCGCCAUAUGGAGACCACUGUUCUAGGAUGUCUCAAUGAGACAGUCGUUGAAAGCUUAAAUAGUACACAAAAAUCAGCCUUUAGAUCAAUGCAAACUUCUUAAAAUUAAACUUUUUUACAUCUUCAUUAUGACCUCAUAUUUGUUUUAUAAAUUAUAAUUAUUGAUUAAAAUGUCCUUUUCUCUUGGUUAAAAAAAUGUUACUUUAUAAUAAUAAGGUCUUUAUUCCCUCUUUCUAUCUGCAGAGAGCCACAGCCGGUCUUAGGAGGACACCAGCUGAGCUAACUGACGGACAUCCCGACAACGAUAACCCAGGCAAUCACUCUCCCACAGAAGAACAGUCAAUGGAUCCAGUUACCAUGGAGAACAGCUCAGUACCCAUAGACCCACAAAGCUCUCACAGCCAGGAAGUCAAGGAACUUCAUUACCCAGAAGACCAUGGGGAGCAGCAGCAGGAGAGAGAAGAGACUACAGAAGCAGAGGGAGAGUGUGACUAUCUGGUUUUUGACCUUGGAGAGAAGGAAGGGGGAGAGGGGGAGGCAGGGAAGGAGGCAGAGACUAGAGAAGAAGGGGAAGAAAAUAAAGAAAGUCAGGGAGGAGAAGAGGAGGUGACAGGAAGAGAGGAGGGAGGACAGGAAGGAGGAGAAACAGAAAGAGACACUGGAGAGGGAGAGAAAGAGGAGAAAAGGGGAGCUGUAGGAGUGGAAGAAGAGAGUAAAGGAGAAACUGAGAGUGAAGAUUCUCAGGCAGGAAAUGAAGGAGUUGAGGUCAGAGGAGAAGAAGAAAAGGAAGAGAGAUGUGGAGGAGAAGGAAAGACAGAGCCUGAGGAGGAGCUUAUGGGAGAGGCGGAGAAAGAGUCGGUGAACGAUGAACUCCUUCUCCUCUCUGAUGGACCCGUGUGCCCCUCAUUGUCAGAGCAGCAAGACGUCUGGGGUCACGAUCCCGCCAACAGGGAUGACCUGAGUGACUGUCUGCAGGCCGAGCUUGCCAUCGUCCACUCAGACAGCGACACGGGGGAUGACCAAUGGACUGGCUCUGCCCCCUGCAAUGUCAUUAACCAGGAAGAAGCAGGCGAUGGAAGAAGCAGGGAGAACAAGAGAGAGAGCGAGGAAAGAGUGGAGGAGCUGAAGACUGGAGGAGAGGAGAGGGGGGAGAAGGGGGAGAGGAGAGAAGUCCAGGACGAUGAGGUAGACUCGAUGAAGAACAGGAGAGACCUGUUCCUGCGCUCUCCUUCCUGCAGCUCCACGGCGAGCUCCACUGAUCCUGACAGGAAGGUAGGACUAGCCCCGCCCCUGACAGGCAUUUUGAAAGGUUUCCUCUGUACACACACACCUUGGUCUCCCCUGAGCAGGUGUAAUGUUGUUCUGUCAGGUGUUGCAGGUGAACUUCACACCUCCUCUUCAGUAAUCCCACAGACUGUCAGACAAACUGGGCCCAAAGAGUUGUGGCAUGCAGAAUGUGUCAUCACUAUUUCACUAUUUCACACUUUUCCUUUCUUACUUACCACCUCUUUUCCGUAGGUCUCGCCCCCCAGUCUUUCACUAUCCUCAAAUGAACAUGCAAAUCCCCCCAAAAACAACUUAACAGACAGGAGACUGCUUUUACCAUGAAAACAGACAAAAGAUCAGCUUUAUUGACACACAGAUCCCAGCUAUGAAACACCUAUCUCCUCACAGUCAGAACAAUCAUAACUUAGUCUGAGUUGUUCACAGCAUGUGGAGCCAUAGCUAAAAUACAAUGACAAAGCAAUCUGUUUGUGUCCAUUAUGUGUUGUAGUGUGUACAUGAUAAGCUGGGAGGCUUAGCAGAUGUAGCUCUAAUAAUUGUAAUUUGGUUGACACUCAUCACAUUAGGCCUGUAUCUGUUUCUAAGAUCUCUUAUUAACAGAUGCCUCUCUGCAUAUUUCAUAGAAUCACAGACUGAACAGUAAGAGGACAGGCGUGAAAGUGGAACCAUCAAACAAACAAGCAAAGAAAAGCUCUCAGAGAGCACCUCACACCAGUCACAAACUAAUCUGUUAAAAGUAUCAAGACAAAGAACACAAAGACAGAAUAUCAGAUUAACAAAAAAACUCUACAUAGAAUAUUCAGCAGAAUGAACACUAACUGCAUGGGUAAAGAGAGGAAGCUGUCUUAACAAAUAUUUUAGCGGUUUUACCUUUGUUAUUUUUAUCACAUCUCUGAGGGCUUUGACCUAUGAAAAAGUGAAGAAUAGACACACUAGCCCUCAUUUACAACAGAAAAUUUGCGUACAUCCUGCGUACGAAAAUUUUGACGUGAGGAUCGGUAUUUAUCAAUCUGCACCGGAGCUUCCGCUACGACCAAAUCUCACGACAGGUCUGACAUCGUGUACGCGAGUUUGAGUCAGUGUGGAUCUGCGGUGCAGCAAAUGUCUGUCUCAAAAAAUUGAUAAACAAACCUCAAACCUGUCAUUAAGCACAAUCAGCCAGAUUUCUUUAAAGAUUAAGACGUAAAUAAAAUAAAAUAAGUUUAUGUUCUUGGUGAAAAGACCUAUUUGAUGACUCUGCCCAGAAACACUGCCACAGAGCAGGGGCCUCAUGUAUCAACGCUGGCGCUGCCAGAAAAUCUUGCGUUCGCCAAGAUCGGCGCACAUGUCCAGAUUUAUCAUUGCGACACGAGCGUCGGUUCCAGCGCAAAUCCACGCAAAGUGAGGAGGUGGUGUAGAAGUUGGCGUUGAGCCGAUACUUGCGUUGACGGCACUUUGGUGACGCUGUGUGGCGGUGUUUGGUGACUCACUAUGUGACAAGCGUUCACACAUCGCAGUGGAUUAACUGUUAUUCCGACAAAUCAAUUUAUUUUCUCCACCAGACGCUCAAGGACAUUUACGAGCCGGUCCAGCCGCUCGGUCCAGCCCCCGGACCCCCACCUGUCUGGCCGGUACUCCUCUGGAGGGCAGCUGUACACCGCUUGACCUCCACCUUGAGGUCCGACCACUUUUUUUUUAAUCUCCGCGGGGGUGCGUGUCUCAGAACCCACCGCGUUCACCCUCUCGCAAACUUUCUCCCACUCCAAGCGUUUUAGUUUUGCACUGACGCCACUGGACAGGCUGCCAAACAAAACACGCUGUCGCUCCUCCACCUCCGCCACCAGCACCUGCACCUCGCAUGCCGUAAAUUUCGUUUUUCUUGUCAUUUUGUCUGCGUGCAAGGACAGGGAGACCCUAUUUAAAUAAAUCUGCAUAUUUAUAGGUGGGCGUAACGGGGGCGGGCCAGGUCACUCAGACAUCUGCGCUCAAUCCCAAGAUGAUUGGGAUUUAUCAAGGAAACACACGUGGCUUUCGGCGCCCGCACACCUUGAUACAUACGAAUUUUUUUCAGCGUGACGGACCUUGCGUGUGCUCGUUUCCGGUAUGAGUCCCAGCAAGUGUCGAUACGUGAGGCCCCAGGAGCGCCGUUUCAACAUUACGCACGCACUGUGGAGCGCUGCAUUUGACUCCUAAAAGGCAGGUGUCUCUGUCUUGGCCCAGCAGCGGGGACGUUGUUGUACACUCCUGAAAGGGUGUGGGACAUCAUUUGGGCCGGUACAGUUUUGCACAAUGUUGCACUGGCGAAUGGAGUGCCGUUGGCUGUGCCGGUGCAACGUGAGGACCCGAUGCCCAGAGAACAAUAACGAGGGGAGUCUCCACAAAAGGUGCUGCACGGAGGAGACAGGACCUUAUUGAUGGAUUCUGACAUGUAAAGUAUAAGUUUAGAAAGUGCUCUUGCUAUUUAAAACCUGUCAUGAGAUUUGGUCGUAGGUACGCUCGUGCAGAUUGAUAAAUGCCAAUCCUCACGUCGAUAUUGUCGUAUGCAAGGUGUACGCAAGUUUUCUGGUGUACGCAAGCUUGGUAAAUGAGGGCCACCGUCACUAACUUACUUUAAAACUAUAUGAGCUACAUCCAUAAACACCUGGGGUCCGUUUCACGUAGCAGGUUUAGUGGAAACUCCGAGUUUGUUAACCCUGAAAUCAGGAAAACUCUGAGUUUUCCGUUUCACAAAGGAGGGUUAGUUAAACCAGGGAGAGAGGGGUAACUCUAACCUGUUUCACAAAGAGAGGUAACUCAACCUCGCGGUCAGUUACCACAGUAACAGACUCCGUGAACCUAACCUGCUCGGGAGCAGGUUUAACUCAGUAAACCCAGAGUUUCAGGUGAGACAUCGGCAUUUUCUCAUUUUGAUCAUGUUUUACAUUGUCAAGUAAGUACUAAGUGGCAGUUUGAUCCCUUAAAAAAUGCUCUUUUCACACUCAAAACUGAAUUUUACUCUCUUAUGAUGUUCCGUUAAAUGAUUAGGAAUAUUAUACUAACACAAAAACGGGUGGUGGCCCAGCAGCCCCACCUUUAACGGAGGCAGAGGAGCUGCCCCCCACCCCCCCCCCGUUCGACUAUCGCGGCCGGUCCGAUCGCAAAUCCCCCCCCCCACAGACACACACACACACACGCACGCACACCAGUCCGACGAUCGCUGCUACGGGGUGGGGGUUGCGAUCGUCGGGGGGGGGGGGCAGCUCCUCUGCCUCCGUUAAAGGUGGGGCUGCUGGGCCACCACCCGUUUUUCUGGCAUCUGCCCUCUUUCUGUUUGCUGAGUGAAAGUCUAAUAUUGAGUGUAGUGUGUGUUAGUUUAAUAUAUGUACAUAUACAUACUGAGAGUUAGUUUAAUAUUCCUAAUCAUUUAACGGAACAUCAUAAAAGAGUAAAAUUCAUUUUUGAGUGUGAAAAGAGCAUUUUCUAAGGGAUCAAACUGCCACUUAAUACUUACUUGACAAUGUAAAACAUGAUCAAAAUGAUUCAAGCAGUUUCCCCUGCAACAGUCUGUCAUUGUGAUUGCACGAGACUAGAUUUAAAGUUACGCAUUGACGCGAGCAGCGAUUUCCUCCCAAGCCCUCUCCCUCUCCUUUGCAGCUGCUGCUGUAUUGCACUUUCUUUUAAAAACGUGCUGUAAUUCGCUGUUGGCUUGCUGCUGCCCCCUCCUUCUCCCUGUUUCCAUUGGUUGAUCAUUGAAUCUGCGCUCCACAGAUGCUGGCUGUUUAUGUCUGGCGUGCACGUGCUUAACUCCAGGUCAAACUACUCGGAGUUGUUAAAACCGUCUCAAAUCAGGUGUUGUGAAACCGGAAACUCAGAGUUUCCUAACUCAGAGUUAAGGAUUUAACUCAGAGUUUGUUGAACCACCUACGUGAAACGGACCCCUGGAGUAGAUCUCAUAAGAGCUUGUCCUGUGGUGCAGAAGGUUCAGGUUAUCCUAAGGACUCUGAGUCUGUACGUACCAUUUAAACAUAAAACCGUAUCAACAGUCUGAAGCUCACAGUCUGGAGUCUCAGAGGUGCUAAUAUCUCCCUGGAUUGUUCUCAGAUGUGCUUUGGAGGAUAUCACUCAUACAGGUGUGUAUGGGGUGCCGUUUGUAAAGCAGCCCAUUAUAAAAAACAACAGCAACAGGGUUUUUCCUGGCUCAAAUUGAGGCAGAGGUGGCACCAUCCUGACCAUGCGCCAUGACGUGCAUGUAUUUGUAAAUUCAACAGUCUCUUUUACAGGCAACAUACUUUAAGUUAAGAGUUCAAAAAAGAGUGUGACCAUUAUCAUGUUAAAGCAUUCAUUUAUUAAAACUAUAUACAUACACAAAUCAGCUGGCAACUUUAAAUUGAAAGUACACUUCAUCCACACAUCUUGCAACCAGACAGAACAUUUCAGCCUCCUCUUUUUCAUUCUGUAGAACCUCCUCAUGCACUCCUUGUAGUCCAAGGCCUCCUGGUCUGGUCCAUCAACGGCCACCUUACAACAGACAUCCAAGUGCCUCUCCUUCAGUCUGUUCCGCAGAGGUGUCUUCACCUUAAACAGAAUUUGAAUACACCUGCUGGUGCUACUUGGACACAUCAUCAGUGAAGUACCCGGGGUCAUAGGGUGUUUCGGGUCUUUAAUCUUCAUACACCCUCACCUGGGCGACCCAGCCGGGGUGAUCAGUCCCCGACUUGUGUCAGAGUGGCGUGAUGUUCCACGGAUCCCCCCUACGGAUCCACAGCCACAGCGAGGCCCUUUCUGUGGCCUCUAGGAUGUUUUUGAUGGCUUUCUUCAAUUGCAGUCCUUUUACUCCAAGGAGUUGAGGGUUCUCAGAAGCGAUUGGCCAGCAAAGCCUUGGCUCCCGACCUCGACUGGCUCACAGCGGGUUUUCCAGCCAUUGUUCCAGCACUCUGUGCUGAGCUCUGCAUACUUGGCUCUCUUGCGUUCGUGGGCCUCUUCAAUCCUGUCUUCCCAGGGGACUGUCAGUUCCAGGAUAACUACUUGUUUGGUGGACUCCGAUGUUAGUACCACAUCUGGGCGGAGAGAAGUAGUUGUGAUGUUGGCUGGGAACUUGAGCUGUCUUCCGAGGUCGACUUGAAGCUGCCAAUCACGAGCGGUGGUGAGGAGCCCCCCUGUAGAGUUGGGAUGGUGAUGUUGUGCCUUCUGCCCUGCUCUAAUGAAUGUGAUUGCCUGUUUGGGGGCUGCCUGGGUCUUGCUGUGCUGGAUCGCUGUGCUGAUGGUUUCUGCCAAAGCUUUUAGGACUUGGUCAUGGCGCCAGCGGUACCGCCCCUCUCCUAGCGCUUUAGGGCAACAGCUCAAGAUGUGCUCCAUGGUGCCCCUCUUCUGGCACAGUUUGCACUCGGGAGUGUCUACCAGUCCCCAGGUAUGUAGGUUGGCCGGGCUGGGGAGGACAUCGUACACUGACUGGAUGAGAAACUUGGUGCGAGAUGGUUCUGCUUUCCAGAGCUCUGCCCAGGUGAUUCUGCGGGAAUCAGCCUGCUCCCACCUGGUCCACGCUCCUUGUUUGGACAUGCCAGCGAUCUUACUGCUGCGUUCUUCCUCCACCUCUGCACGUAUCUCGUCCUGGAUCAGUCGGCGCUUCUCCUCUCCACAGGCCAGAUCAUAACGCGGCUUUGGAAAGGAACCAAGACCUGCUCGUCCUGUUGCCACAGAGCCCACAAGCACUUUAUGCCUCAGUCGCACCUCGGCUCUAGUGACGGCUUCUCGUGCCCGCCACUUCCUCCCGGUUUUCACAAGGAUUCCUGCUGCUGCGACUUUGGUGUCUGCGGAGUCCCUGUACAUCAUCACCUCUCUGGAACGGGUGACUUUAAAUUCCUCUGUUAGUCCACUAAAGGGAAGGUGCAGCUUGUUGGAAUGGCCGUACAGGGCGAUGCUGCUUAAGGACCGAGGGAGCCCCAGCCAUCUCCUGAGAAACUGGCUGAUGGACUUCUCUAGAGCCUCUACCGUUGUUAUAGGUACUUCGUAGACUAACAGGGGCCAGAGUAUUCUUGGCAGGACUCCAUGCUGGUAGAUCCAGGCUUUGAAUUUUCCAGGGAGGCCAGAUUUGUCAACCGCUGUGAGCCAGGUGGACAGCUCACUCUUGGUUUGCUGUAUGGCAGCUGAGUUCUUCAGGGAGCUGUCGAAGAUCUUGCCCAGACCCCUGACCGGUUUCUCGGUCACUGAUGGGAUCCUGGUCUCUCCUAGGGCAAAGCGGAACUGGUCGGACACUUUACCCUUUUUCAGGACCAGGGAAUAAGUGGGCUUGAAGCUCAUCCUUGCCCAGGAGAUGAGCUGUUCAAGCCCCUGAAGAAGCCACCUGCACCCUGGAACAGAUGUUGUUGUCACCGUUAAGUCAUCCAUAAAGGCUCUUAUGGGGGGCUGCCGAGUCCCAGAUCUUGAUUUGGGCCCUCUGCAUUCCACUUCGGCAGACUUAACGAUCCAGUUCAUGGCCAGUGAGAAGAGGGUUACCGAGAUGGUGCAGCCGGUGAUUAUCCCUUUCUCGAGGCGAUGCCAGGCAGAUGUUACUUGGCCUGAAGAGACUCGUGCGCUGAAGUUGUCGUAAUAGUCCAUGAUGAGUUUGCGGAUUUUGUCUGGAACAUGGUGUCUUCCCAGUGCGGUUUCGACAAGCUUGUGUGGGAUAGAUCCGUAAGCAUUGGCCAAAUCAAGCCAGAGAGUUGCCAGGUCUCCUUUGCUCUCUCUUGCCUCCCGGAUCAGCUGCGUCACCACACCCGUGUGUUCCAUGCAUCCAGGCAUUCCUGGGACUCCUCCCCUCUGGACUGAGGUAUCAAUGUAGGUGUUCUUCAGGAGGACGUUUGUCAGACGUUGGGACACGAUCUUGAAAAAGAUCUUGCUCUCGACACUGAGCAGCGAGAAGAUGCAAAACUGCUCAAUUUUGCAAGAGCUCUCCUCCUUCGGGAUCCAGACUCCCUCAGCAUACCUCCAUUGUGCAGCGACCUUCCCUCUCCGCCAGAUCACCCUCAGGAUCUUCCAGAGACGUUUGAGGAGCUGUGGCCACUGUUUGUAGACUUUGUAGGGAACACUGCUGGGACCAGGAGUAGAACUGGAUCUCGCAGCUCUGACAGCUUCCUCUACCUCCUUCAGGGUGGGUUCAGCGCUGUUGAAUUGGGUCUCUGGUUCUGGUGGUUCCACCAGUUCCCUACAAGGUCCGAGCUCGUGGUCCCUCAUGGCAUCACUUAAGGUGGCGUGGAGAUGAUGGUCGAUCUCCUCUACAGGGCAAGCGAGGUGGCCGCUUCGCUUCUGGCCCAGUAGUUUCUUGGUAAAGCCGAAGGGAUUGCUAAUGAAGGCGUUGCAUUUCCGAGCCCUUUCCUUUCCUUUCCUUCGGUGCCAUUCUGCCCUCCUCAACGAGAUGAGUCUCUUCCUUAUGAUGUUUGUGAGUUCUGUCAGGGCACUUCUUUCGUCUUCCUUGGCCGUCUUGAACUGAGGUCUCAGGGAUUUUAGCUCUUGUCUCAGCUGACUGAUAUUGGAUUUUCGCCGGUUGAGCUUUGCUGGAUUAUUUGCGCUGCAUUUUUCUAUGAUGCCAAACCGCUCUGCUCCCAUGUUCAUUAUGAUGGUACACAUGGUUUGGAGCUUCUGGUCGACACUGCCCUUAGAGAUAGAUUCCAGGCACUUGUCGACAUCCUCAUCCAGCUUUGACCACUCCUUGUUGUUGGCGGCGGGCCACUUCACCCUACGGUGUUCCGAUUUCCUGCUUGAUGGGGGGACUUGUGUUGCUUGGGGGUUCCAGGUACUGUGGGGAGAUUCCGGACCUGAUUCCUCCUCCGUCUCACCAGGUUCAGCAAUCGGCGCAACGAGAACUGUUGCACCAGCUGCUGUUCCUGAGCGUUGCUUCACUUGGUCCCUCCUCAGACAGGCCAUCCUUGCCUGGUGGAUCUUCAGGCCCUUCAGGUCUUUGCAGACCUUGCCGCAGAUACAGACUGCACUCGUAUUCCUUUGUCCAUUCGCUUGGAACAUUGCCGGUAGUUCCGUCCGAUUGGGAUGCUCAUCCUUCCCCCCUCUCGGGCAUCCCUGGGGGUAUAUUUCUGUAGGGUUCUUCGUAGCAUGCUUGGGUGCCCCCUCUCGGGAGCUGCAGGUCGGGGGGCUAGCCCUCCCUGCCCCGGUUGCCGUCUCUCCGAGCUGUCCGCUGUCUCUCCAGCUGUCGCCACUCUGUUCGUGGGUGUCAUCCAGCCUUUCCUGGAGGUCACUGGCUAAGCCAGGUGUGCUAGAAUUUGAAUACACCUGCUGGUGCUACUUGGACACGUCAUCAGUGAAGUACCCGGGGUCAUAGGGUGUUUCGGGUCUUUAAUCUUCAUACACCCUCACCCGGGCGACCCAGCCGGGGGUGAUCAGUCCCCGACUUGUGUCCAAGUGGCGUGAUGUUCCACCUUACAACAGACAUCCAAGUGCCUCUCCUUCAGUCUGUUCAGCAGAGGUGUCUUCACCUUAAACAAAACAAUUCAUCAUGCAUUAAGUAUUUUUGUUUUUAUUCUGAUACAGACAUGAAGAGUGAUAGUGUUUUCAAUCAUAUAUUAUAUAUAUGUAUACGCUGCAGUGUCCUCCCUAAAAAAAACGACAACCAAUAAUUUCUUAAACUAUCUAAACUAUAUUAAUUUAGUUUUUUUAACUUUAUUAGUUUAGUGUUUUUAGGUACUACCAUCUCUAAUAUAUUUCUCCUUCUCUUCUGCUGCUUUGUGAAUGGCUGUCACCUCAUGUCUUUUUAAUAUGUCCAGCCUGUAGUUGGUUGAUGGCUGUCUCACUAAGGAGGCAGCAAUUGCCUGCUGUGUUGGGGCACAGUGCUUUUGGCUUAAAUAGCAGUGCAUGCCUGAGCCAGGUAAAUUGAUUGAGCCACUGUUUGUCAAAGCCACUGGCUCUGUGUUUUUGAGAAGAUCUAGAAAGAGGAAUAAAAACCACGUACACGUUGGUUUUGCGUUGUUAUGCUCCUAUUUGGAAACUAAUUAAUUAAUUAAUUACCCUCGCCUCGCCGACUCGUCCUGUCCUGCAUUCUGACCCUCGCUAUCACCAGUCCCUUGUGAAGUACUUUCAGACCUGACACAAAUUUCCACGUUUACACCACCAUGAAUUAUAGCAUUUUAACUGCCUGUUACGUUUUUUCUCUGCUGUGUUUCACCUGGACUCUUGACUUUCCUCCUCGCGAGGUCGCUUUUUAAAGUACUGGCAGAUUAUGCCUGUCAUAUCUGCAACGCUAAAAAUCAAAAACGUUACUCUGAAACGGAGGAAACUUUUUGUUUUAAUAAACACGACAUGCUUGGAUGCAAAAAAGACAAGCAGUAUUUACCUGUUUGUACCAUCCGCCAGGGAAAAUCAGGACGCCGAUAACACCAACUAGCGGGAAAAAAAACUUGAAAAAACAUGAUUCAAUCAGUUUCUUCUUCGGUAGAUGCUUCAGGUCUUUCCGGUGCACUGCUGUUGAUAUAGCGCCUUUAUAGUAGCGCAACGCUGCAACUGCAGUUAAAAUACGUUGCUGCUGCAGAGGUACAUCAAUUGCUCAAUCAACACAGCUGGAGCUAUACGCUGUAUUGAGCGAAAUCAAUCGCUCUGGCUGGGGGCGGCACAAAAUUAGGUGGAGGCAGCCGCCACGCAAUUUUGAACGCAGGAAAAAUCCUGAGCAAGAUUUGGUCACAUUUAGCUUCAAACAGCAUUUAAAAAAGUGAUGUGAAUUUUCGGCAGUCAUUUUUUUGCACAUUUACAACAACAUUUAAAUACUAAAACUAAAUGUUAAAUGUUAAUUCUAAAUGCUAAAUAUAAAUGUUAUAUAUAUGUUUAAUCUAAAUGUUAAAUAUAAAUCUAAAUGUUAAAUCUAAAUGUUAAAUCUAAAUGUUAAAUAUAAAUCUAAAUGUUAAAUGUAAAUGUUAAAUCUAAAUGUGUUGGGCGAAACUAAAUAUUUAGCUAAUAUGCAAAGUCACGGUCGGAAACUGGAAGUGCCAAAAUAAAAGCUCCAGAAGGUCAUAUUGAUGAUUCUUGUGUCGAAGAAAACGAAUUAAAACCAAUUUAAGGGGGGAACAAAUACUUGGGGUGACGUUUCGUGUUAAUAACUACCUACAAUAGCAACAGCAACAACAAAAACCUUAUUAGAAAGACUCGAGUUUUCAGUGUCGCUUCUCCGUGUGGCACGGACACUAUACGAACACACGCACACACACAUGCAGGCGCAAACAUGAUACUGCUGAUACUACAGCCAUUAGAAGUCUUCCUCCCUCUGCACCUUCAUCGGUGGCUGUGGCAGCAUCCGCCACAAAGGAGCAGUAUCAUGUGUGCGCCUGCAUGUGUGUGUGCGUGUGUUCGUACAGUGUCCGCGACAUUUAGAUUUAUAUUUAACAUUUAGAUUUAACAUUUAUAUUUAGAUUUAACAUUUAGAUUAAACAUAUAUAUUUAACAUUUAUAUUUAGCAUUUAGAUUUAACAUUUAGUUUUAGUAUUUAAAUGUUGUUGUAAAUGUGGAAUGACUCCCGAAAAUUCACAUCACUUUUUUAAAUGCUGUUUGAAGCUAAAUGUGACCAAAUCUUGCUGUUGUUUUUAUAAUGGGCUGCUUUACAAACGGCACCCCAUAGGUGUGUAGUUUUGAGGCUGGUUUCUAUCAUUGCUGAAAUCCUAAACAUGCAGAACAAGCAUCAGCAAUAAACAUGAAAAACUCUUUCAGAUUUGGUUUUAGAUUUAUUUUUCACCUUUGAACUGCAAAGCUAAUACAAGUGAACACUGAACAUUACAAUUACUAAUGUGUUUGAACAAAAAUUCAGUUUAACCAGAUGACUUUGACAGCUGUUUUGUAAUUAAACACACAAAAGAGUGUUUCAUUGCAUUAAGAAUAUAUUACAGGACAAAACAUGUACUUCACUCUUAUGUUAGUUUGUGUAUAUGAAAGUACACUUCCCUCUUUACGGGUGAGGAUGUCUGAGGAGUCAGUGUGUCAAAUGGAAAUCACUCUGCAGCCUCUCAGUUUACUCAAGCAGACCUCAGUGUGGUCAAAAACAACAGAGAGAUAUAAUCCUGAGCAGGGAGUUAGCAAGAAAACAUAUUUUAGCCCUCUAAAAGAAGCCCCGCCUCACAUUGUAUUUGCAACCUAACAAUGGUAUUUUAUUGAUCUGUGUCAGCAUCAUCCCUUCAAGAGCCAAUAUCACUAUUACAUAUUCUGAUUUCAUAAAUCAUGUAUUUAAAAAAUGUUACUGGCUAAGAUAACCAUAAGAUAACUUGUACAUGACUUCUGUUCAUUUGAUCACAACGGUUACCUCUGAUUUUUAUUUCUUCUGUAAUAAUUAAAGAUGAUCAGAAAGACAUCCAAAAUUACAUAGUGGCAAUAAUCAAAUUAGCUGAAUAUAUUUCCCUGUACAGUUUUUAAUGUAAUGUUCACUAUGUGCAUUAUUAGUAGGGUCUGUUGGGUGAAAAAUCGUUACACGGUGGAUAAAAGCAUGAAAUUUGGCACAUAUGUCCCUUAGAUCAUCCCGUAACACCCUAGAAGGGGUGCCCAAAAAAAUGUCAAACAGGAAGUGAGUUAUUGACAAAAUUCAAAAUGGCCGCCUAAACAGGUGACAGUUUACUCAAAAAACACCUAAAGAAUGUCCAAAAAUCAUAAAGUUUGGCACACGUCACGCAUCCUAGAUAUAGUGGCCAAAAACAGGAGGUGGAUUAUUGACGAAAUUCAAAAUGGCCGCCUAAAGUGUUGCCGAUUGAUUCAAAUAGCCUAUUGAAUCUCAGAGAAGCAUUCUAUUUGGCACAUAUGUCCCUAGGGUCAUCCUAUUACAUCCUAGAAGGGGUGCCCAAAAUAAUCUGAAACAGGAAGUGAGUCACUGACUAAAUUGAAAAUGGCCUACAGUGUUGUUGAUUGACUCAAAAGUCAUCUAAAGAAUCUCAUAAAACUAUAACGUUUCUCACAUGUGUACCUUGGGUUAUCCUAAACAUCCUAGAAAGGGUGCCUAAAGUAAUCUGAAACAGGAAGUGAGUUAUUGAUAAAAUUGAUAGAUGAUGCAAGAAAGGGGCAGAAAGAAAGGGAGAUGACGCUCACGGUGCAGGCAUUAUUUUUCAAAACCCUAUAAAUGCAUACAAAACUAUUUAAAUUACAACCCUCUGCAUUUCCACGGGCUUGGGACCGGCACAAGUAGAACACUGGCUUGUGUCCCAUUGAGGCUGCAUUCAACAGUCCAUCCAUCCAUCCAUCCAUCCAUCCAUCCAUCCAUCCAUCUACCUACUAAUCGACUGUAUCUAAUCUAUCUAUCUAAUCUAUGUGUCAUAUCUAUCUAUCUAUCUGAAUUGUGUCCCAUUGAGGCUGGAUCCAUCAUCCAUCAUCUGUCCAUCAUCCAUCCAUCCAUCCAUCAGUCCAUCCAUCCAUCUUUUAUUCUUUAUCUUUUUGCCAAGUGACUCACAUGUCCCAUUCACAUUUACCAGCACAUUGGCAUAAUGCUGUACAAGGUAAUCCAGCAUCCCGGCAUCGACACUUCCGAGAACAGAGGGGCUCAGCUUUGCAGCCACACUUAAGGAGCUCUCUGCAAACUUUGGCAGCCUCUGCCAAUCAUGUCCAUAGCGGUCUCCACAAAUCAUUGACUUUGGUACAUCCAAAUUUGUCAGGAGAAGGUAGAGACUGGAUAGCUUUUAAGCUGUUGAACCAAAUCCUAGAUUGAUAAACUGCUCGAUGUGCAUGCUGUAGCAAUGCAGCCUGUGUCAGAGGAAUGUUUUCCAUUGACAGAGAUUUCUUAGCAAACAGGUCCCUUCUUAGGUCAUUGACAUUUUCAAUGUCAGUUGUAUUGUCGUACAGAACAUAGGUGUAUCUUUCCAGUAAUGAAAAUGUCUUUGAUUCCACUAGUCACCUGCUAUGUCUCGGCUUAAAAAUAAGUUGUGCCUAUACAGUAUAUGAGUGCUGGAUCUAUGGUCAUAUAAAGUUGUCACAAUAAAUUACCUAUAUAUAAUCAUUCAUAGGGCCUACUAGAAGUUUUUUGAAAAAGAAUUUUGUAUCUGGCAUCAACAAUAUAUCACUCACAGAAGGAAUAAUGUGUGAAGUCAUGUCUUUCAGAGUACAAUUUAAGACAAUUUAUUCUCAUUUAAAGGUCUUUAAAACAUAUUUUACACAUUUUUCUUGGGUGGCUUUGGCCAAAUCCUUUAUUAUUGGUCUAUUUACUAUAAAUGAAAAUCUAUAAUUAGCCGAUUAAGCCAAACUCAGAAUUAGACCACAUUUUAGGAAUUAUGGUUCAUUUAUGGCAGCCAUUUUGGAUUUUCCCCUUUAAAAGCCAUUUAAUGGGUCCCAAUUUUUUGGGCACCCCUUCUGAGAUGAUGAGAUACACCCUUAAGAAUGUGUGUACCAAAUUUGGUGCUUUUAUCCACCGCCUAACAAUUUGGCCAUUUUUUCGAGUUAACAGACCCUACUAUACGGAUAUAGGAGUAAAAGGACAUAUUGUGGCGUGUGGUGUAUUUUGUGGACCCAGAAGCAGACCCAGAGGCAGAUAGCAAAUUAAAGAUGUAAUUUUAAUGUCCAAACUCAGGGGGAAAAGACACUAGGAAAGUCUGGUUUGCUGGCUGGCUGUUGUGUGGGCUGGAGACACUGUGGAGGAACAGAGGAGAUGGAAGUGAGAAGACAUACAAAAAUUCACAGCGAGCAAAAAGUCAUGAGCACUUACCCGAGAAGCAGGCCAGGGGCCUGUUCUACGAAGCAGGAUUACUGCUUAGCGAGGUAACUUCGAGGGUAAGUUCGGGGUUUCCUGUUCUACGAUGCGGGUUCACUUCUUAGUGAGGCGAGUCUCCAUAGCAACAUACGCUGAACGGCUAACCUGCUCCGGGGCAGGUUAAGUUCCAGAUUGAACUCACCGAGCAUAAAAACCCCGCCCACUGACCAAUGAGCUCUCUCGAAAAACGGCUUGUCCGUUCUCGGAGGAUCCUGUAGACCUCGGUGCUCGCAUUGUCCGAGGAGCACUCCGGCUCGCGAGAGUUUUCAGGGCCCGCACGGACCCACUUACUUUUCCGGAUGACCACCUUUAUGAAAGGCUCAUAUGGCCGACAUAUCACACAAAACAUGUAAACACGAUAGGAAUGAACAAAUGAGUGAAUUUAUCUUGGAAAUGAAUGGGCAUGAGCUGCAUGGGCUGUGUGAUCACAGACAACAUCUCGGUACUAUUUAGUAGCAGCGCAUGCCCCUUUUAAUAACCCCCGUAAAUACUGUUGUUCAGGACUGCUUACUUGUGCUUCCUACCCACUGUAAUAGCCCUUGUUCUAGUCCACAUGCAACAUUUUUGUUCUCAUUCAUGAAACGCUUAAAUCGGGAAAAUAUCCGGGUACAGCUUUAGACGGGGACAGAUCAUCCAAGAAAAAAGAAAAAAGAGGACUUGAGCACAAACCAGUCUUACAAUAACUACAUAUCAACACCACAAGCAGGGGGCAGAAAAAUUUAUAUUCUGUCUAAUAAAUUUCUUAAGUUUGUCCACAGCCCCAUAAGUUUUGCUAGUUGAGGCGGGAUUUAUGAACUAUACUGCAGCCCAUCAACAGAGGGUGCUGUUCUCGGAGUGGCUUCACCCAGCAAGAAGGCAGACGCUGUCCAUUCUAUAUACAGUCUAUGAUUGGACCAGUCUCUUUUGCAUACUACUACCCACAAUGCAAAGCACCUGGUCAGAGUUUCAAGUGCCGUGAUGUGAAUCAAACACUACUGGACCUACAAGUCAUUGCAAAAACAGAACACAUUUUGAUGUCAGGCUAUAAAAAUCCAGAAAUUUCUGUAUCUAUAUCUAUACUAUAUACAGUCCAUAUGUAUGAUGUACAUCUGUAUACUGGAAACCAGCUAAACUGGGCCAAGCAGACUGCAUAGUUACAGCCGACUGGCAGUCAUACUGCAUAGUACUGUCGAACACAGUAUGCAGUUUGUACUGCGUCACCCUGAUGUGACUGUAGACUGUUAAGUUGUCUCAGAUGCUAAUUUGGCGCUCAGAGUCAUUCUGAUUGGUUGACACAUAUCUACGUACUCUGUUAACUUGAGUUGUCUCUCUGUUAGCUUCCUGCAGAUUUCUGCGUCCUCCAGGAAACGCUCAGUGAAAAUGUCUCCACUGAACAUGUAGACUUCAUGUUAGCCCGGCGGCAGUGGAAGAAGAUGGAGGAGGAGGUCAAAGGUCAGCCCAUUCCCAAACCAGGACUCAGAGCUCCAAGCAGCUUCCAGGGCACCUACUCCUCGCUGUACCCCCCAACCCGCAGCCCUAGACUCAAACACAGGUAGACUGGCUGACAGCCUCUCUUUAUGGUUAAAAUUAUGUUUUUUGUAGCAUGAGGGUGUUUUCUUUUGAGUGAAGGGCUGGAUUUCAUUUAUGUGUUUUCAAUUAUUCUUUCUGUGUCACAGGUUGAGGGAGAUUAAACCCAGCAGCCCCAUCAGUUCAUCUAUAAACUGUUUUAUCUCCACUCGUGCACAGACUACAGACUUCACUGCGGUUUAUGAGGCACUGAAUCAUAGAAAUGAACACAAAUGCAAGACAUGGCAGGCAGGAAUCAAAAGUUCAAGUCUGUUUAUGAGUAACUUGGUACAUGGGAGGUCAAUCAGAAAACAAGCAGGGGUAUUCAAAUCUUCAGGUACAAUGAUCAGGAAGCUUUGCCUGGUGUGCAAAUGAAAAAUCUCCAUAUUUCUUAGUGUGGUUUGUUAAAACCCUUAUUUGGCAUGAUCCAGCAUUUACUUGAAACACUAUAACCUGUGCUUCAUCUUCUGUCCACUCAAAGGGAGAUCCAUCAGCCUGUGCCCAGAGAGCCACCCCUGUCCUCCACCCUGUCCCCCAGUUCAGAGGACUCAGGCUUGGACGACUCAUUGUACCGCAGUCCCCUGGAGGAGCAGGAGACGGCUGUGGAGAGAGAAAUCCGACUUACUCUGGAGAGGGAGGAGCGACACCGCAGAGAGAGAGGGCUGAUCGCUCAGGGCCUGAAUAUACCAAGGUAACUGACACUUUAGUGUAAAGUUUGGGUUUUCAUGUGUAAAUGUCUUUUUGUCUCCUUAUAGAUAGAGGUCUGAGGUUUCAUCUGUGUCUGACUGGUUGGUUAGUGUUGUUUUUUUUCUUACACUGCAUUCAGACCGUCCACCCUGCAGACGGGACGAUCUCCACCCAGACCUCCAGCCUGCCGCACACCCACCCUGUCCAUUUCCCCCUCUCCCUCUUGCUCCUCCUCCCUCCCUCUGUCUGCCUAUCACGAGAUGACAGCCAACAACGUCAUCAUCCUGGAGCCUGACUGCUCCAGCUCAGCCUCUAGAACGCGCCUCAUCACUUCUGCCAUCGGGGGCCUCUCUGAUUGGCCGCUGAGCCAAGACGCGGUGCCCUCUGCCAAUGUCAUUGUGGUGGAAACAUCCAAUCUGAUCAUUCGCAGUGCCUCUGAGUUCUGCCUAAGCUCCACCCCCGUGUCCAUGGAACCACAGGAGAGCACGUUCACGUCCAACCCCUUCUUUAAGCUGCGCUCGCUAAGCAGCCAGUCACUGGUGGAGCAGGAGAUCCGCAUGGUGAGGCAGAGGGAGGAGGAGUGGAGGAGGCAGAGGGAGGAGAUGUGGAGGCGGAGGCGGGAGGAGGAGUGGAAGAAAGGGAGAGAGAGGUACGAUACUGUGCUGGUGUCUCCAGGCCUGAAUGACACCAUUAGUUACAACGGUGAGUAAAGACAGGAUGCUUCAUGGAGAUCACAAACUCCCUGAGAAUAUCUCUGUGAGUUUGGAUGACCGCAAUCCCAGAUGGUAGUUUUCCAAUCUGGGGCUCAUUGUGGGCUUUGUGCUUGGCUAUAAAAAGGUAUUAAAAUACCAUCCGACUGAAAGCUGAUUAUCCUUGUGUUGGAGUUGUCAAGUUUAUCUUUGAUUUAAUCUGACUGCAGAACAAACUGGAGCACCUGAUUACAGAGAGGAAACAGACUAAGUCAUUGACAUGUAGAUCCACAUUAUGUCUUAUGAAUGCGCCACAUUAUUAAACUCUAAUACAGAGGUCCUCAAGGUUUUGAUAGCUGAGGGGCCAAUUUAGGAACCCAACAUCUGAGAGCCACCAAAGGAUAAAAAUAUGGACAAAAAAAAAACUGAAAAAAACUGAAAAAAAUCCAAUUUUUAAUCAUUUUAAUGACUAGGUUGCAUCUCUACAGUAUACAUGUACUGGUCUUCAAGUAGUAAUGUGCAAUAAACACAUUUAAAUUAAUAAAUUAGGAGAAAAGCCAAAACCCCAAAGUAGGCAUUUGUGCACUUAUCUUGAAACCGUCUUUUCUCCCUGCCAACACCUUUUUUUCUCAAGGGGCAAAGGGAGGCUAGAGAUGUCGUUGCUGUCUGUACACAUCACAGUAUGCCUUUUUUUGUUAUUUUUUAAAUUUUCAAAUAUUUUUUUUUUGAGUUCUUUCGGUGGCCAAACCAGGUUUUCAAAACUUGGAUACAUUCCUGAAAUAGGGAUGUGGCGUUUACAUGGACAGAUGGAAAAAUGGGAUACUUUAAAACCUGAUCAUAACUGGAAUACUCAAUUCCAUCAAUCAAUCAAACUUUAUCUAUAAAGCACUUUUUAUACAUAGAAUGUAGCACAAAGUGCUGUCAAUUAUAUUAAAAACAAUAAAAUAAAAUAAAUAAAAAUACCGAACAUUACCCACCCUCCCAACCCCCAUUCAAAACAUACUGUAACAGGUAUUGUAUGAACCCAAAUGCAGUACAAACAAGGCACAGAAUCGAUGUUCAGUCAAUAGAUUUAUUAUCAGGAAUCUGGCACACAGACAGUUCAGUGGCUGGGCAGGUGGCUUGGUCAGGGCAGGCAGAAGUUCAGAAACCAGGAGGCAAGCAGACCAGGCAGACAAUCCAAAGGGGGGCAGGCAGAGCUCGUAGUCAGGAACAAAAGGCUGAGGCAAUUUACCAGGAGGCAGACGAAGCAGGCAGGUCGUAGACAGGCAGGGUCGGCACUGGGAAGACAGGCAGAAGAACGCUGGAAAGUCUCGGAUGGCAAAGAACAAUCUGGCACUGAGUGAGUGUGAGGCUGGAGAAUAUAUACUGAACAGAAGGCAGGGGAGCUGUUUCGUGAGUGAGGGCAGGUGUGUGAUUACUGAGUAAGAAGGCAGGUGUGUGAUCAGUGACUGAGAGUGGGUGUGGUAAUCAGGGAGUGGGUGUUGUGUGAGCAGGGCAGUGGAAAAUUACUGAGUCCAUGGGGAAAGGCUGGAACAGAAUGAGGCUGUUGCUGUGUACGAAUUGCCCGCUCGCAUACUACAUACUACUGCUACAUACUACUGCUAGAUCCUACUCCUACAUACUAAACACGAUGGCCCAAUUCGGACACACUAGAUGAGCGGUGGGGAAAGACGACCCCUGCAGGCAGAGUGUAGGUACUGUGCCCGUUUUAGACUCUUUAAAUGGUAAUUGUGCAAGUGAUGGAUGCUGCUGUAUUAUAUUCCUGCACUGCUUUAGAAAUUUACAAAGUAGCUUUUCCAUUAAUUUUAGCCUUCAUUCACUCACGUGGUGAUCGUUUGCUCAAUGAGAUCUGCCUGAUUACUGCAGCUGUGCAGUUUAAUGAUGGAAUAAGUGAGCUUUACCUCCAAGAUAUCGCCACAUAUAUGCUCACAAAAUGAUUACCUGGGCAAAUAUGACACCAUGACACGACAAAGAGAUACAACCGCACAUUUUUUAGGACAGUGUGUGAAGUUACAUGAAACUUACAUCUGUACUGCUGCGGUUCUGCCUGCUGCUGCUCCGCCAUGGUGCGCGCUGCUGUGGCCAGCCGGUGUUCGCGACGCAUCUAUAUCUAUAAAUAGGCAGCAGCUGGUGGCGCUAGCAUCACAUGUGCUUCUACAACUUUUAAGAGGACGAAGAAGAAGCCCGCGGUGCAUUUUGGGUCAGUAGCAUGCCCGUAGGAUGCACCGCGACCAACCUACAAUGUGGGCGUGUCUAGUAUCUUAAGUAGUAUCUGAAGUAGCAUGCUACUCACUCUGAUGGCCAAUUCGGACAUGCUACAUACUACUUCGACUACUACUUGGCAAUUCGGACGCAGCAAGUGUCUCAUUUCAGAGACGACGCCGUUGAACAGCACAUUUGAAGCGUGCAUGAUGUCAUCACGCGGCGCGAAUGGUGUCCCAUUUGGCACGAAAUGCUAAGCGCGCUUAGCAUUUUUCAAGCGUGCAUUUAUGUUAUUUAUGCCAUUGGUAUCCCAGAAUUCUUUGCGUGCCGCUGCACAGCUGCGCAUUUCGGGUGAGAGGCUGGACUCGCUUGGAGACGCAGCACGUCUUUAAAGAAAAUACAAGAAAUCCAAAAACAGCAGACAGUCAGCUUAGGCUGCAUGAGCCUAUGAUCUCUGAACUCACUAAAAUCUGUAAACCAAACAUUGUAGUAUUUAAAGACAAACUGAUCCGCUCUGCUACAACAAUCAAACACAUUAGAAAUAAGAAAGCUGACAAAACUACAGCAGAGUAUCAGGACAACAUUGAGUAUUUUUUUUCUUUUAAGAUUUAGAGAUUAACGUUGUUAAUUUAGGAGAAUAAAGUCAAAGUAAAUAGUCAUAAAGCUGCUUUUGUGGAGGGGGAAAUGACUGAAGCUGGUCAUCUGCAGAGUUAUCUGAGGAUGUAUCAGUGGGUCAUUCAGAGAGUUUUUGUGGUUUCUGAAGAAACAAUCAAACUGAUGAUCAACAUUUGUGAUCCAGAGGGAGUCGAGCUCCGACGAGCACCACAUCUCUGACACCGGCGGUAACCUACACCUGCAGAGACACCAACACCUUAUUAUGGCAGAUGGAUUCAUAUCAUAAACUAAAGCUCAAUGUCAUUCACGGAUAUUCACGGCUGCAUAAACGGAUAUAUCCUCAGCAUAUUCAUUUCUGCCUCCAUUUCCCCGUGGAAAAGAUGUAUUUCUCAUAUAUUCUUUUUUAAGUCUUUAUACUUGUGACAAUGUAAUGCUGAUGUGCCAAAGGAUGAAGUAUCUCCUUGUUGUGAAACCUAUACUGAAGUUCCUUUAAAUGCUUCAUGGCCCUAAUUUUAACAACUCUCCUCUGAAAUAACAGGUAACCUUAUGAGUUUAUUCUCAUAAAUUAAUGACUUUAUUCUCGUAAAUUCACGACUUAAACCUCUCACCCGAAAUGUGCAGCUGUGAGCGGCACGCAAAGAAUUCUGGGAUACCAACGGUACGAAAGCGUGCUUAAAUGCACGCUUGAAAAGGGGGCGGGGGUAGUGUGGUUUUGAGACCGAUGCUGGGCAGCAGCAGGCAGGACCGCAGCAGUACAGGUGUAAUUUUAAUGUAACUUCACACACUGUCCUAAAAAAUGUGCGGUUGUAUCUCUUUGUCAUGUCAUGGUGUCAUAUUUUCCCAAGUAAUCAUUUUAUGAGCAUAUGUGUGGCGAUAUCAUGGAGGAAAAGCUCACUUAUUCCAUCAUUAAACUGCACAGCUGCAGUAAUCAGGUAGAUCUCAUUGAACAAACGAUCACCACGUGAGUGAAUGAAGGCUAAAAGUAAUGGAAAAGCUACUUUGUGAAUUUCUAAAGCAGUGUAGGAAUAUAAUACAGCAGCAUCCAUCACUUGCACAAUUACCAUUCAAAGAGUCUAAAACUGUCAGCACGGGCGCAGUACCUACUCUCUGCCUGCGGGGGUCGUCUUUCCCCACCGCUCGUCUAGUGUGUCCGAAUUGGGCCAACGUGUUUAGUAUGUAGGAGUAGGAUCUAGCAGUAGUAUGUAGCAGUAGUAUGUAGUAUGCGAGCGGGCAAUUCGGACGCAUCAACAGCCUGUACACAUACAGCACUCACACACACAGAUGCACACACAGAAGACCAGGGGCCUCAUUUAUCAAACGUGCGUAGAAAAGGUUCUAAAUUCUGGCGUUGGAAUGAAAUUUAGAAUGUGCGUAAGUACAAAAAAAUCCAUAUUUAUCAAAUGUGCGGACACCGGUCGUACGUAAUCGGUGAUGAUAAAUCCCACCUGUUCUUUACUACCGUGCUCGUGCGUGGUUAGGGUCAUUUGCAUUCAGAAAUGCCUCCAAUUGACCAUAUAUGGUAUCAACAAUCCCUUUAAAAAUGCCUGAAUGAAUUUUUUUCUUUCUCCUGGAGGUGCACACUCACAGAGCUGUUUUGCAGAAUGAAUGAGUCGUGCGUUCUUCCAGACAACAACAGAAACAAAUGUGCAUCGCACAUUAAUUGUGCAUGGAUUGAAUGAAAUCUUUUCCUGUUGACAAAUCUGAAUUUAUUGUGUGAAGGUGCCUUUAUUGCGAUGUGGGUGCAAUCUAUGGCUCCAAUUAUGUCCGGCAAUCCGGUGAUGGCAUGAAAUACUCGUUUUAUUUUGGCUUGUUGUUGAUGUGUGUUUGGGAACUGGAUGUAAAUUGAGGCCAGAGAAAUUAUUACAUCCAACUCUGCCGGCAUGAUUCUGCUUAGCACUGGCUGCGAAAUAUCGCAUAUCUCCAAUCUCACGCUGAAAUGUUCCGGUUAGGGUGAGCAGGAGCUGGAUAUGCGCUGGCUUUGGUGCGUUUUGUUUCUCACUCCGACGCGGGAAGUAAAUCACUGCGUAAAUCCAUUAAAAUGUUUUGGGGAAGCGGUACCUGCUGAGAAGCCACUCCGUGUUCUCACUGAACAGAUCAGCACGCUCUUUGAAAACGCGCUCCCUGCGGAGGAGCAGACGCCUCUCCAAGUCCUCCAAUAGCGCAAAAUAAACCAUGAUACUUGUAUUUGUACUUGUUAGACUUCUUUUGAGGUUGUUCUGUCACAGCAGAUUUUUACAGCUUGUGUCACCAAUCAUUCAAAAUGUCUGUUAAAUUACUAAUUGAUAAAUCUUGUAUAGAGGCAACAGAGAACAUGUGUGAAGUUUGAGAUUGCUGAACGCUGUGACUCCUUUAAUGGGUUCUAUUUGUAGUCUAACUGUUCAACCACUAUGUUUUGUAUGAACGCAUGGUCAGAGUUGUGCUUAAAUUUACGCACGUUCAUAAGCACAAGUACAGGUUGAUAAAUUCCAGACAUUGCGUGGGACUAUUCGUACGCACUCAUUACGCACACAUCUGUGCAUACGCACGGUUGAUAAAUGAGGCCCCAGGUGAGGACUCUUCAUUCAACUUGUCACAGAUGACUGAGGAAAUGCUAUCUUGAGUUAAAAAAAAAAAAAGGAAACAGUCCAUGUAGUCCAUGUACAUGCACUCAAUGCUGAAACUGAAAGAUGUUAUUGUUUCGUUCAAAUCUUUGCUCAUUUGAAUUUAAAGCUUGCAGCAUGUUCAUAAAAAAUAGUUACAGGAUCAUGUUCCUUUUUGUAUGUCCUCAACUCUUCUUUUUCUAACUCUGUAAAUGUAAGUGAACCCAGCAGACCAGUUUCUAGGGUUUGGAAAGUAAACUCUUGUCCCAUUCUUGCCUUAGAAAGGAUUUUAGCUGCUCAGCAGUUUAGAGUCUCUUUUGUCCUAUUUUUGGUGUCUUGAUGCUUCAAAUGUUUUCAAAGGUCAAAGAAAAGGAAAGCAAUAUUUAUGUCUUUCAGCUUGCAAAUAAUCUUGUUUACUAACAAUGUAAUGGGUGUAAUAAGUAAUGAAAUAAGUUCAAUGUGAUAAUAAUUACUUGUGCUCUUUUACUUAAGGGUCCGAGGUCCCGGACAGGAGUGUUUCCUCCCCUUCGUCCCCCUCCAGGACCCGCAAAAUGGAACGGUCCAGUUUGUCCUGUGACCAAAAGGUGGGCUGACCAACACACACACAUACACAUGUGCACACACACAUUAACACAAACACUGAGUUAAUUCUGUCCUAGUUGGAGCUCUUGAAUUGACUAAAUGUUAGAUGAUGACGGUUAUCUUAGUCAGCAGUUUUCAGAUAAAGUUACAGCCUAAAUGAAGAACCAACACAUCCAGCAGACAGAGUCAUAUGAUGAUGUUUUUUAGACUAACCUCAUGUCACAAUUGUGAGAGUUUUUUUUAGCCUUUAUUUAACCAGGUUGGUCCUAUUGAGAUUACAAAUCUCUUUUGCAAGGGACACCUGGCCAAGAGGGCAGCAUAGUUCCUUCAACAGAUAAAAUUCACACCAUUUCAACAUUAAAACAAUCUCACAUAAAACAUUUACAUACAGAUGAGGUAAAUUGUAAUGAUUUCACAAUAGUUUUAAAUUCAUUUUGUGUCACAAGCGUUUGAAGGCAAAGUUCAGACUGUAGUUUGUUUUAGGUAUUAGGUGCUGAAAACCUAAAACCUUACCAUCUGUACCUGCACGGAUCUGAUCUCCACAGGGAGAGAGUUCACAGCACAGCAGAGAUAUGGAAAUGAGCCUUUCGCUACAGUCUGGGCCAUUGAGAUACCUGUGUUUAUUAAUGUGCAUUGUCCCUAAAUAAAAAAAAAGGAUGCUGACAGCCCAGCUUCACAAUCAGACACAAAACAGGGCCUAUUAAAGCGAUGUUUAAUGGAUAACGUCUGAGAUGAGUGACAGGAUACAAUAUUAUUGGGGAUAGUAGCACCUUCAACUCAUUCUUGGCAGAUUUACCUCUUUUUAUUGAUCCCCUGAACAGAUAAAUAUAAAUAUCUUCUCUUUUUAUGGCAUGAAGAGCCUUUCUGGUCAUAUUGUGCUUCAGUGAUAUUGAUUCAUGAAUUUGAUGUUUUUGUGUUAGUAAGGUGAAAUGAUUUUACUACACUGCAGCUGACUGUUUUUUACUCUAUGUACACUCACAGCAUGCCAGUCAUAUUUUCUUUUGAACUCUCUUUGGUAAUUGAUUUCUUCCUUUGCUCAUUCAUUCAUUUGUUACCUGAAUUGAUUGUGAACUGUCUGAUCUGUUAAUCAGUUUGACUGAUUAAUUCUUUACUCCAUCAGUUCACAAUUUAGCAGAGUUUUCAUGAUUUAAUUCCCCUUUUCAUCAAGUCAUCACUCAUGUAUUCAUCGUAAACGACCAUCUUUUGUUCAUUUCUCUGGCAGUCAUUCAUCUAUUGAUCCAUCCAUCUAUUCGUCUAUCCAUCUAUCCAUCCAUUUAUCUAUCAAUCAAUCCAUCAAUCCAUCCAUCCAUCCCUCUAUCCAUCUUGACUCCAGUGGUUCAGCUGAAUCUCCUCCUUCCUCCCCCUCCUUCCCACCCUCCAGUUCCCCCCCUCCCUCUCCUCAGCACCACGUCGUCAGAACACCAUGGCCCAGCGAUGGGAAGCGUCUCUGUUAGCCAAUCAGAAGAAGGAGUGAGCAUGGACCAAAAGGAGGCGCUGUUUGCUGCAGUGUUUGUUUGAAUCUGUGGAUUCAGGAGGAUGGCUCACAGCUCGGAUUUAUUUUCUAAAGAAGGCUGGAGGUCAAAGGUCAAGAUGUUUGGCCCGGUUUAAGAAGAGAGGAGCAGUGUUUCUGUCAGAGGUCAGGAUUUUUGACCCUGUUUUAUCUCCAUCAGGACGUCUGGAGAGGACAGGUCGCUCUAUGCAGGACACCUGAGACAGCAGGACUUGAAUUAAAAGUCAGACAUUCCUGUGAGGGUGAUUAUUGUUGAACACAAGGGCCCUCAUUCAUCAAGCUUGCGUACACCUUGCAUACAAAAAUUUUGACGUGAGGAUCGGCAUUUAUCAAUCUGCACGUGAGCGUACACUACGACCAAAUCUCACGACAGAUCUGACAUUGUGUACGCAAGUUUGAGUCAGUGUGGAUCUGCAGUGCAGCAAAUGUCUGUCUCAAAAUAAUCGGUAUACAAACCUCAAACCUGUCAUUAAGCUCAAUCAGCCAGAUUUCAUUAAAGAUUAAGACGUAAAUAAAAUAAAAUAAAAUAAAUUUGUUAUGUCCUUAGUGAAUAGGCCUAUUUGAUAACUCUGCCCAGGAACACUGCCACAGAGCAGGAGCGCCGUUUCAACAUGGCGCGCGUGCGCACACACACACACACACACACACACACACACACACACACACACACACACACACACACACACACGCCACUGUGGAGCACUGCGUUUGACUCCUAAAAGGCAGGUGUCUCUGUCUUGGCCCAGCAGCGGGGACGUUGUUGUACAUUCCUGAAAGGGUGUGGGACAUAAUUUGGGCCGGUAAAGUUUUGCACAAUGUUGCACUGGCGAAUGGAGUGCCGUUGGCUGUGCUGGUGCAACGUCAGGACCUGAUGCCCGGAGAAUAAUAACGAGGAGAGUCUCCACAAAAGGUGCUGUACAGAGGAGACAGGACCUUUUCGAUGGAUUCUGACAUGUAAAGUAUAGGUUAAGAAAGUGCUCUUGCUAUUUAAUCAGUGAUAAAAAUCCAAUAGAAAUCCAUAAAAAUGUGCCUCAGGGGCAGCAACACACCGUUUGGUGACAUUAAUAAUUAUUUUUGUUCAGCCUCUGUCAGACUCUCCAGUCUGCUCUACAUUACAAAGACGCAACAAAUUAAAACUAAAUACUUUCAACAAUAGGAGCAACAUAGCCCAUGCCAUGGCAAUAAAAAAUAUGAGGCAUGUAUGAGAUAUUCAUUUAUCAUCAUGAGCAACUUAUUGACUAAUGAUUUCUUCAAACUUCAGCCACUGUCCGCUAUUCCGCGGCAGCGCUGUUCAGCGCCACCAUAAUCCUGCUCCAGACAGGAGUUUUCUGGACUGCUUUUAUACCAGUUUUGAUGCUUCCAAAGAGCAAAUCCUUGUUAGUUUCCACCACAGAUGUGAGGAUAUCCACUUUCAGCUCGAAAAAGUUUCGCAUUUUUCUAAUAUUUCUCCUCUUUCAUGUUUGACCUCAGUGGGCGAGGCUUCUGAACCACGAAUAUUUAAGGGCGUAAACAUGUUAAUGACGAACGAUUUCAGCCGCCGCAUUUAUCAAGACCCGAUCAUACGUACGAUGGGAUUGGUCAGAUACAAACCCUUUCAUAAAUCUCACGUGUGUCCUAUCGUAGGAUGAAUCCGGCGCUCAGAUCUGCACUCAGAUCUGCGCAAGAUUGAUAAAUGAGGGCCAAGAAGUGUAGUGCUAAUACAUGUUCAUAUAAAUUUGCACUCAUGAUAGUAUGGCUGUUUCUGACACGUGGCCUAUAUUUUUAUGUGAUGUAAACUCGUGGAAGCACUUGUUGCAAACGGCUGUAUUCUCCUUCAAUGUUUAUUAUCCUCAGCACUUUUUUCUGUGUGUUAUUUAUAGAUAUUUACAGACUUUGAAUGACCAUAACUUUCUGCUUCACAGUGAUUUUCAAACUGUUAUUUUUGGCUGAAAUAGUUAAGCUGUAGUUUGUGACUAAGACAGCUCACUUUGUUUGUACUGUAGCCCUGCACAGACAAAGAGUGACAGGGAAAAUAUUCAGUAUGGAAAGUUUUCAUAAUGUCAAAGUUUGAAAUCAAUGAUUAAGAGUUUGGAUGUGCCAGGUUUCAGUGUCAGCCAUCGUGACUAAUCAGACUAGCCUUGGUCCUCUUUCCAAGGUUUGUUGGAGAAUAGGCCGAUACAGGGUCUUUGCUGAGGAUGCUGUGGUCUGCUUCAUGGCUUUACUCCUUUAUAAGCAUGCAACAAAACCCUGCAGCACAAGGCUCAGAAAUGAACGAUUAAUCUGUCAGGGUUUGAUACCAAACAAGAAAACAAGUUUAUCAGCAUGCUACUUAACAAACCGCUAUUAUACUACUGAACGAAGUCUAAACAUCACAACACACAGAGGAGCACCUUCUGGUUUCUGAAUACACACUCAGGUGUGACGGGUGGUGACGGUCCAUAGACUGAAUAUAGAAUGGACAGCGUCUGCCUCCUCACUGUGUGAAGCCACCACGAGAACGGCACCCUCUGGUGACGGGCCGCAGUAUAGGUCAUAAAUCCCGCCUCUGUGGGACAAACUUUAGCAAUGUAUUACACAGAAUAUAUAUUUUUUUCCCCCCUGGUUGCGAUGUUGACAUGUAGUUACUGUAAGUCCUCUUUUUUUCUGCACAGCUCCAUUUUUAAAAGUUAUUAGGGGGUUCAUGUUUUCUAUGAUUGACAUUUGAUACAGCCUAUUGGCAUAUAAAGAUUGUGUAGCUCACCCCAGGGGGUACGCUGUUUGAGCAGAGCCACAUCACGGCAACUCUCCCGCUGAAUACUACUGCGGAAGUGGUGGUUUCAGGAAGUGGAGAAAAUCCUGAAAAUACCAAGAGCAAUUCGGCUUCAAAUUUGUAUUAUGACGGAAGUCGGAGCUCCGUUGUCCAUAGUAUAUACAGUCUAUGAUACAGUCUAAGUAAAGAUGUGACCACACACAGGUGACAUGUAGAAAAAGAAACCAGAACAAGGGAAGGAAACAAGUGAAGUCUGACAGUUAAAAACAGAAAAAUGAAAAAUUAUUGACAGAGUAAAAAAAUAUGUACAAGUAUAAAAACAUAAACAUAGACACGAUGAGAUGACCACAGACAUGGCGAAGCAAACUGAUGUGAUGAAACAAACACAGACAUGAUGAACACAAAGAAGUUUGUUUUUAUUAUUCAUGUCAGUUUAAGUUGUUUUUUCUUCCGAUGGUUCAGGGUUCAGAUGGACUGACAUGCCUUUUCUGUUGGGGUUUAAAGCCUGUGAAGUUGACUGAACUGAGUCUGAUGUCUCAUGGAGAUUCAGGGUCCCAGACUCUGCCGGGGUUUGAGUUUCAAGUCUGUCAGUAAAGGUUUUUAGCUUUACGUUUGAGCUUUAGCUGUGUUAGCAUGGCGUGUUUCUGUCAUGGCCAAAACUCUGUGGUUCUCUACUAAGGUGAGGGUUUUUACAUAUUUUCACAUCUUGCAUUGAUUCCUAACAGAGAUUACUGGACUGUAUUUUUGCUGCAUAUAUUUAUGACUGCAUAUAGCUUUUAUUGUUAAAGGUCUAUAUUUAUAGUGUCAGUAUGGUUAGGCUGCUGUUUUUUUUCAAGGGAGGACAUGUGUUUGCUGAAUAUGCAUGUUUGUAUGAGUUAGUUUUUUUAUGACUCAUCAACUGGAAACUGCGGAGUAUGACUAAACUCACAGCCAAGUUUAUUCACUGUUUAAUCUAAUGGAUUUAACAUUGUUUCAGUCUGGUUAAAUAAACUCACUCUCUUUAAUAGGACCAAAUCACCAUUAGCUGCAGAACAAUUUUACAUUGGAGGUGACAUGAUGAGAAAGAGGAGGAUUUUAGUCGAUGUGAUGAUCCAGCAGUUAGUUUAGUCUGAUAGGAUUAAAAUGUUACAUUUCAACAGUAUUUUCCUGUCUUUUACUCUUUCUUUUUAAGUCUACUCAAACUCAGUCUUUUCCGUCAUCCUCUUUUUCAUACACUCCCUCUAACAAUAAUGGAGUCUGCUUUUCUAUAUCUCUUACCUUUCAUUUGUAUAAAGCAGAAACUCAAACCUUUUUUUUUUUUUUUUUUGAUCGCCAGAUCAUUUAAUUGCUUGGGAUGAAAAUCCUCCUCAGACUGAUACAAAAUUAUAUAAUUUUUGGUUAUAUGUGUGUUGAAUUGAAUUAUUGUACACAUGAAAGAGAACCCAAAAUUUGAUUUAUAGAAACAACGGGAGCUGGAGAGGGACAUUUUUCAUAGAAAUUUAAGGUUGCAUGGCUCUUCAAAGCCAAACUAUUGCAAACAAGGUGAAACAGCUUGAUCUACAGCUGUAAUUUGAGAAAAUGUUUUAAUUUAUUUUUUGGCUGAUGUAAAUGAGCUCCAGCUGAACUUUAGUUUUGUUUGUUUGUUUGUUUUAUGCUUUAAACUGUUUUGAUGUCAAGUACUUGGACUUUGUUGAGAUGAUCACAUAUGAGCCUGUCUUAGGAGUGUUUAUUUAGAGCAGCUUUUUGAGAAGAUGGUCUGUUUAAUGGUUUUCUGUAUGACAAUAUUUAAUAUUUCACACUGCUGUUUACUCAGUUUGAACUCUUAUCUGUUACAUCGACACCUUGUUUAGUUUCUCAUCACCCUUACUUCUUGAGACAGUCUGCUUCUCCACAAGAUCAAGUUUUUCAGAAAACUGAGAGUGAAAGCUGAGAGUGCUCGUGAUCACUCUGCCACCCAAUAAAAACAGGAACUCUGACCAAAGCAGCUCAUUUCAGCUUAUUUCAUCCAGUUCAGUUUCUCUCUUUCUGAAUUCACAGCUCCAGCAGUGCUGCUGAUGUUCCUCUUAAAUAAACUCUGAUGGACACAGAUCUAGGACUCAGCUCAGACUCUUUCAGCUCUCUUCUUUUCUCUCAUUUCUUUCUUGGAUCUCUGAGUUUGUUCACUCAAGUUUCAGUUUCCAUCAUGUUUUAUUGCCAAAUGGAAAGUGUGCUGCUGACUUGAUCAAUAAAGCCUCCCGAAACCUGUGUGUGUGUGUGUGUGUGUGUGUGUGCGUGCGUG